AUGGGCAUUGGUAGGAACCCGUCAUCUAAGGCAAUGGAAUCCACCAACUCAACAGAUGGGAAAUAUGAAGAGGAAUCCAAGCACACCACCUUCUUUACCAUGCCAGUAAGUACUCUGGUCUUUGUUAGAGUAAGAAUUUAACAGAGUUAUGCACUAAAUUAAGAAUUAAAAAUGAUAAUGGUAGCCUGAUAAAAAAAAUAAAAUAAAAAAAAUCCCCUAAAAAUCCAUAUAGUAUAUUUUUUUUGGUCCCACUUCCUUAAGGGAGAGUUGUACUGAAUAAAUUAAUCCUGAGAAUUGUCUCACAACUAAUACAGCACAUGUAAACUACGUGCACAAAAUCAGUCGCUAGCAUUAAAAAUGGGCUAAUCCGAAAAGAUAUGACAAAAGGAAAUCUAUGAAGUUUUAUGCAAGUGAACUUGUCAGAGCACAAGCCAUAGUUUCUAGAAUUUUGUUGUUACAUCUUCUUGUUAAUCCAUGUGCUCUUGACAUAAUUUCUGAUGUUUUUUGUCCUUAGAGAAUUGCAACUGUAUAGUUAGUUCAUAAAUUAGAAUAACUUUGGACAUUAGGUUAAAGGACCACUAUAGGCACCCAGACCACUUCAACUUAAUGAAGUGGUCUGGGUGCCUGGUCCAGCUAGGUUUAACCCUUUUUUUCUAUAAACAUAGCAGUUUCAGAGAAACUGCUAUGUUUAUAAAUGGGUUAAUCCAGCCUUUAGUGGCUGUCUCAUUAACAGCCGCUAGAGGGCUUCCGCAUUUCUCACUGUGAUUUUCACCGUGAGAAGUCGCCAGCGUCCAUAGGAAAGCAUUGUGAAUGCUUUCCUAUGGACUGGCUGAAUGCGCACGCGGCUCCUGCCGCGCAUGCGCAUUCAGCCGGAGAGGAGGAGGAGAGCUCUCCGCACGGCACUGGAGAAAUAGGUAAGUUUAACCCCUUCCUCCCCCUUCAGCGCCACGGGAGUGGGACCCUGAGGUUGGGGGGACCCUCAGGGCACUAUAGUGCCAGGAAAAAGAGUAUGUUUUCCUGGCACUAUAGUGGUCCUUUAAAGAAAAAAAAAAAAAAACUAAUAACAUGUAAUAGGCCAGGUUUACCCAAUCACUGUAACUGAAAUAUUUUUAUGUACAAUACCUUCUUUUUUAAAUUUAUUUAUAAAUAUUAGUGGAAUUUGCACAAUUUAAAACAAACAAAGAAAGAACAAUCACACAGAAGGAAAACCUGCAGUCAAACUCCAACUACUAGGCGGCAGCAAUGGCUACUGUGUGCAUCAGCACAAAUGCAAAGAUAGAACAAUGCCAAUCAGUGCUAUUUUAUAGGCUGUAUAAGUAGCAACAUUUAUAAUUGUAUAUUUUGUAAAGUAAAAUAAUUUAUUAUUCUGAAACGUUGCUAAAAAUCCUUGCUUUAGCUAUAAUAAAAGGACUAAGACUAAGUAUUUCAGGAUGUUAGUGAAGUAAAAACGUCUUUCAUAUAUUGGUAAUUACACUGGAAUUAUUUUGAUGAAAGUAGCUAAGUAACUUCCCAGGGUGUCUAACACAAGGCUUCUGAAUAGUGAUGUCCCGAACGGUUCGCCACAGACUCAUCAUUGAGUAAACUUUGACCCUGUACCUCACAGUCAGCAGACACAUUCCAGCCAAUCAGCAGCAGACCCUCCCUCCCAGACCUCCCACCUCCUGGACAGCAUCCAUUUUGAAGCUGCAUUCUUAGUGAGCUGUCCAGGAGGUGGGAGGGUCUGGGAGGGAGGGUCUGCUGCUGAUUGGCUGGAAUGUGUCUGCUGACUGUGAGGUACAGGGUCAAAGUUUACUCAAUGAUGAGUCCGCGGCGAACCGUUCGGGUCAUCACUACUUCUGAACCUAUUUGGAACUUGGGUCCUAGAUUAUAUGAGUGUUUCUUUUAUACACCAAAAAGUGAAGCCCAAUUUUCUGCAAAUUGCAAUACACAAACAGGUCUGCAGUGCUCUCCACAUGUGUGGGUGACCCCAUCCUAGUAACUUAUGCAUCAUCAUUGAUAUGCUGCCUCCUUCAUUGCCCAUUAUUAGAUAAGGAGAUUCCGAUGGGAAAGGCUGGUGCUGUUAAUAGAGGGUGGAAUUAUUGCUAAUUAGAUUUAAAGGAACACUACAGUCACCAAAACCACUUUAGCUUAUUGAAGAAGGCUUUGUGUAUAGAUCAUGAUUCUGAAGUUUCACUGCACAAUUCACUGCCACUUUGGAGUUUAAUCACUUUUGUUUCUGUUUAUGCAGCCCUAGCCACACCUCACCUGACUUUGACUGCACAGCCUGCAUGAAAACAAAAUGGUUUCAUUUCAGAUGUAGCUUACUUUAAAUGGUUUUAUCUCCUGCUCUGUAAAUUGAACUUUAAUUACAUACAGGAGGUUCCUGCAUGGUUUAAAAUUGUUCUAAAUGAAACAGAAUGUGCAAUAAAGUAAGAGUAAAAAUUAGACGGCUCUUUACAGGAAGUGUUUAGGAGGGCUGUGUAAGUCAUAUGCAGGGAGAUGUGCCUAGGGCAACAUAAACAACGUGAUUUAACUCCUAUAAAGGUGAAUUGAGCAGUGAGACUGCAAGGGCAUGAUCUAUACACCAAACUUGCUUUAUUGAGCUGAAGUUGUCUUGGUGACUAUAUGGUCCCUUUAACAUUUAUAUUCAUAAAACCCUUAUUACCUCAUGUCUGCAUCCUUUGAAUGCUUCAUUUAAACUUAAAUUCCAUCUCCUGUGAGGCUGUCAGCACUCACAUAAGAUAUUCAGCAGAUGAGUAUUUCCUUGCUUGAAAAUCUCUGAAAUGUAUUUGUUUACAUUCUGUUGCGAGUUAAUAUUGCUUCUGUCUGUUUCAACAAAAGAAGAGGGGUACUAUUACAUUGUUAUACUUUUCUGCGAACACAAAAAAAAGCUUGGUAAAUGUUCCAAUGUUGCUCUUUUAUAUGUACUUAAACCUUGAAAAGGUUCACUAUGUGUUAGGUCAAAGCGAUAAAACCGUAGCAGUGACAAACUAAUCUUUGAAAGGGCCUACAAUAUUUUACAGGCAUAGUAAAACACAGGAAUGAUCAUUACAUCAUAUGCAUUCAUUAUAUCUGGAGUAAAUUAUUCCAACUUUGAUAAAUUAUGUUUUAAUUGUGUGUUUGUAUGUGUGUGUGUAUAUAUAUAAAAUUUCUUUUUAACCUGUGUUGGAGCAGACAUCCUUAUUCUUUUUGGCUGUGCAGACAGCAAUGCAAAGCUGUGUCAAGGCAAUGGAAUAUUCUGCCAACCAAAAGAUAACGAAUCCUGCGCAUCCAGUAUAGGUGUGCACACCUAUACAGGAUGCGCAGGACUCGUGUUUGUUUUUUGGUUGUAUAUUCACUGUUGGGACUUCAGUGUGGAGGAUCUGCAGCACAGGUCUAACUUUUUUUUUUCUUUGUUUAUAUUUUGAAUUUUGUAGGCUUUUUGUUGCCUCUACCCCACCCUAUAUAUAGAGAAUAUUCUGCCAAACUAGACCUUAAAUACAUUAAUUGUGAGAAAACUGGAAGACGUCACUCAGUUAUAUGAACGUAAUUGUAAAGAUAUUUAAUUCCAAGAAGAUGUAAUUCUGCACCAGAAUAUUUUAAAUUAUAAUUUAUUUAUACUGUGCCACAUAAAGCUGCUUCACAAGAUUGAAUUUAAUAGUUUGAGAUCCUUUACCAAAAGCUCUUUUAGUUGCUGAGAUGGAGAGACAUUUAUACUUAUUCUUUGCAAGUACAACAGUCUGUAACGGACAUGGGCUGGGGGUAAAAAGCGCGAGUCGGAGCACAGGGCAACCCUUUCCUGGCUGUCGCUUCUGUAGUGUGUGACCAGACAGUACUACGAUCGAGUAACUGCCUUUUGCUCUCCUGUGCAGAAAACACACUCUUAACAGCUGUCUCUGGGCAUUGCUUAUAGCUCCACAGACUCUUGUGACACUCAACUCCCGCCCCUGCCUACAUAACAUUUUAGGAGGUGACAUUACAGUCAUCACAUCCUGUUGGCUUCAUCCUUAAUGGCCACCUUAUAUUUUUUCUUUUAUGUACAUAUAGCCCAGUCUGAGGUGAGACAAGAGAAAUUGUGUGGCACGUUUGGGAAAGAUGAUGGUGGACAGGUGGCAGUCUGAUGAGACUAGAAAAUUUAGGUGUCAGGCCUAAGAUUCGGGCCAUAAGUUACCAUGUUAAAGGAGUUUAAGGUGGUUGUGCAGCAGCGGUGGGGAUUAAAAGGCUAUGUAGGAAACUGGACUGAAAUCAUGAAGUUUUGGUUGGGAGGUAUUGGUUAUAUUACGGUGCAGACUGUGGGUUUAGAACAUUAUACAGCAGGCUAGAGAAUGUUUAGAGAAAGUCUAGACAGUUGAUGGUCUCAUUUGUAGGAGCAACAUUUUCUUUUUUUUUUUUUUCUAUUUUGUUUUAUUUAUUUUUUUAAUUUGGGAGAGGAUGUCAACUGACAAUUCUACUCUGGGUGCUAAUUAUGCCUCUGACGUUACUCGUCAUAAAAAUGCUACUAGAAUUAUCUGUUAAACCCAUCAGGCAAACAAUUGGAUUGUGAAAAAACAUUUCUAUCAUUUCUGUUUUCUUUUCAAUUUACAUUAAAUAUUUAGGAAACUACAUCCCACACUACUUCAGUCCAGGCACCUAAACACUUGAAAACCUGUGCUAUUUAAAUGUGGAUAUGAGAUAAUGUGCAGUUAACUUUUUUAUGCAAGGUUGAAUAAAGGGUCAAAGGGUCAAAAACACUUGGAUCAAUGCUUCCCUAUGGGGAAAAAUCUGAUGCUGGACAUCCUUCUGCAGAGCGUGAGAACGACCAGCAUCGGAUACUAGACCAAAGGUCCGUUUGGAUGCAGGAAGCCCUCUAGUGGCUGUCUGGUAGACAGCCACUGUGGGCUGGCUUAGAGAGGCAAGGUAAACAUUGCAGUUUCUCUGGUACUGCAAAUGUGUCCAUUUUAAGCUCUGUAUAUGUGUGCAUUACUGCAAUUUUGAGAUUUCCGUGGGAAAAGUAAGUCUAGCUUAACUGGCAUGUGGAGAUCUGUGUUCAACAAUGUAUUGACUAUUUUGUGUGUGUGUGUAUGUAUAUGUGUGUGUGUAUAUAUAUAUAUAUAUAUAUAUAUAUAUGUGUGUGUGUAUGUAUAUAUAUAUAUAUAUAUAUAUAUAUAUAUAUAUAUAUAUAUAUAUAUAUAUAUAUAUAUAUAUAAUAUAGGGAUCGACCGGUGUUUUCGUCAAUAUCGGUAUCGGCCUAUAGAGAUACCGAUAUUGCCGAUAAUACAUACCAGGACCGCCGGGCCCAUUGACAAGCCUGGCGGUCCCGGAGGGCCCACAGCAAGCUCCUACUUACCUUCCCAGCAGCUCCCUUCAGCUCCCCUGUCUAAUUCUCGCAGCCAGCGUGCCACUCAGAGGCUUGCCAUUGAAACCCGUGGCAAUGCUCUGACGGCUGUUGGACCCGCGAGAUGUAGACAGGGGAGCUGAAGGGAGCUGCUGGGAAGGUAAAUAAGAGCUUGCUGUGGGCCCUCCAGGACCGCCGGGCUUGUCAUGGGUCUGAUGGUCCUAGUCUGCAUUAUCGGCAAUAUCGGAAUCUCUAUAGGCCGAUACCAAUAUUGCCUAAAAUACCAAAUUUAAUUUUUUUUUUAAAAUAAAUAAACAAAUAAAUAAAUAUAUAUAUAUAUAUAUAUAUAUAUAUAUAUAUAUAUUUAUAUUCUGUCUACUAAAAGCUUCUUUUCUUAGAAUGUAGUACCUGCUGAGCAUCAGGAUAUAAUUGUGUUUUCUUCUAUUUUUAAUAGCAUUUUUAAUUCUCUCUAGUGUGCCCUAGAUGUAUUUCGGUUAUCUAAAUGUCUGGUUACUAUAGAAACCUCUUCAUUUCUGCUCUCUUCCAGAAGCCUUAAUCGAAGUUUUGGGGAAAUAUCAAACCCACAGAUUUCUACUCCUGUUACCUCAGAAUGAGAGUUUUAUAAAAACUGCCAUCAAAUUCUAAAAGCAUUGUUUUUAGACAAUACAGAUAAAGUACCAUCAUUAUUAUUAUUAUUAUUAUUAUUAUUUUUCUUUCUUUUUUUUUUUUUUUUUUUAAAGCAGCAGCAUGUUUGUAAUAAAGAUGAGCAGCGCUCAUGAAUUUUCAAAAACAAAGGAGAAAAUUUAAAAAUUGUCUUAUCUUACAAAGGAUGAGCUAUACCAGACUGCAGCAUUGGUAGUAUUAAGAACUUUGGGAUUUUUUUCUCACCAUGCCUCAAUCAGUAGCCACUAUACACUAUUAACAAAGCCUAAAGGAAACCAAAUUGUCUGGUUUUAAUUUAUUCCUUUUGCGCAAUGAUUGCCUGUGCUGGACUUCUUUUCAUCCCUUUCUCUGAAUAGUUACUUCCUAUAUGUUCACACUCACACACAUCAUGAUCUGCCUGUUAUUUUAAAUUGAUGGACUAUGUUUUCAAAUCUUAUAACGUAACUUGACACUCAUUUGUGGGACCUAAUCUCAUUGCAAUACUAGCACAACAGGGGUUUGUGGCUUUUGUCACUCUCCUCUUUCAUAUGCUGGGCGUGAGGGUGCUGAAAGAAUUUGUGUCUCACUCACCUCUGCAUGUCUGUAAAGCAAAAGAGUGUCAUCCAUAUAGGAGCCAAGUUGUAGUCACAUUUCAGGUUUCUGAAAAGAAUGAAAAAUUGGAAAGUGUAAUAAUAGAUCCCUUACAGAUUGAAAUUUGUUGUUUGAGGAACAUGCACUGUAACUUUUACUUUCCCAUUAAAUUUGUCAUGGCUGGUAUUAUAAAUAAAAGUACAAUUUAUUAAGGCAAUAAUUACAAAGUGAAUGCACAUUUACUUUAUUUUUUCAUGUCUGUAAGGAAAUAAGAAAGAAAACAAAAUAGGUAACUAGAAAUAAUGAUAAAACAAAAGAAAAUUGCCUAAUCUAGACUAGUGGUUGCCAACCAUUUCAAUAAGAGAAAGAUGUCCUGGUAAGACCUACUUUCCUUUUAAAUGUCAAAUUUACAAAAAAAGGAGAUGCCCAAUUGACUUGGUGGUUUUAAUAUGAGAGAGGAAUUUCACUCUUUUUUUCUUUGUCAAUUGUAUGGUUUUAGUAAAGGGAUUCUAUAGUGCCAGGAAAACAGACGUUUCCCUGGCACUAUAGGUUCCUACAGUGGCUUCUUCCUUUGCACUCCCCCCCCUCCCACGGCGCUGAAGAGGUUAAAACCCCUUCAGUCACUUAACUGAAUCCAAUGCUGAGGGUCAGGCUCUGCCCACGCUGCUGUAGCCAGCAAUAGCAAUAGCUGCACUCUCAUUAGGAUCUGGUUAUUAUUCAAUGCUUUCCUAUGGGGAUUCUGGUGACGCUGGAAGUCCUCAUACAUAGCGUGAGGAUGUCCAGCAUCAUUUAGACGACCAAAAAUCGUCUAAGCAACUGGAAGUCCUUCUAGUGGCUGUCUAGUGGACAGCCACUAGAGGUGGAGUUAACCCUGAGAGGUAAUUAUUGCAUUUUCUCAGAAACUGCAAUAAUUACUAGUGAAGGGUUAAGGGACGUGGGACAUUGCACCCAGACCACUUCAGUGAGCUCCAGUGUCCCUUUAAGUUUACAAAAGCACAAAGGUACAAGCAUGUGCAAAAAUCAUGUCCCACAAUUUAUACUUGCAUGUGUGUUUCAAGAAAUACACCUUUAUACAAAACCAAUUGCAAAUUGCUGACACAUAAUAGGUCAAAUAUUCCACUCUGGCAAAUGUGUAUCUUACAAAUAACAAAAAACUCACGAGACAGCAGAAUUGUGUCAAGUGUGAAAAUGAGACAAUGGUAAAUAAUUUAUGAAAAUCCUGGUUCUUGCUUUCAAAUCUCUACAUAAUGCUGCUCCCACCUAUCUAUCCUCCCUUAUAGACAAAAGUAUGUCCCGUCUAAGCCCUUACGAUCUGCUGAAGACUUACGUCUAUCUUCUGUUCAUACUCCCACCUCUGAUGCUCGCCUUCAAGAUUUCUCGAGGGCUGCACCGUUCCUGUGGAACUCGCUUCCCUCCUCAGUUAGAUGCUCACCCAGUCUCCACUCCUUCAAAAAAUCGUUAAAAACCCACUUCUUCAUAAAAGCGUAUCAAUUAAACUGUUAAUAGCUCCUGACUGAUUCCUCUUCUGCAACUGUCACUAGUCUAAUACUAUCCUUACCUUUUUGUGUAAUUUUACCCCACUCCCUCUAGCAUGUAAGCUCAUUGAGCAGGGCCCUCAACCCCUCUGUUCCUGUGUGUCCAACUUGUCUGGUUACAACUACAUGUCUGUACGUCCACCCAUUGUAAAGCGCUGCGGAAUUUGACGGCGCUCUAUAAAUAUAAUAAUAAUGAAGUAAAAACAAAAAGAAGGAAAUUUAAACAAUUUAAGGGGGUCAUCCCUUCCUUAAAAGGAUUCCCAGGAUUAUGUGCCCCACCAUUGGCUGUUGAGAAUUGGCAUGCUUCAGUCAAACAACUAACAGAAGGAGCUAGAGCAGUACAAGUCCACCAAUUGUGUUACAUAGGGUCUACCACUGUGGCUGUCAUUCAUGCAGUCACUAUAGGCAUUUCCUGGAUGCUAGAGGACUUUGAGACCCCUACCUGAUGCUGGAAGUCUUCACGUUCUGCAUGUGAACAUCCAGCGUCGGUGAAAUCCCCAAGGAAAGCAUUGAAGCAGUGCUUUCCUAUGGGGAGAACCUAUUGCGCUCGCUGCGCAUUUGUAUUAGUCGCCCUCCCAUUGGAUGACGUCAGAGUAGGUAGAGUAGGUAGAAGUGUUGGGGUUGGGUAAGUAAAUAAAAGUUGUGUUUUUGUUUUUUAACCAUUUACAUGCUGGGGAGUAGGGUGUUAAAGGAGGACCGACGACGACCAGAGGGGCACUAUAGUGUUUGGAAUACAACUUUGUAUUCCUAACACUAUAGAAUGCCUUUAACUGUCGUAGACAAAAUUAACUCAGUCCCAUAAAAGGAACUGUGAAAAUGUUGAAGGAGUUGAAGAAUCACUGAAUAUUCAUGAAAUGUAAUCUUUUCAUGUAGUUUGCUGUUGCAGUGGUAUUCGUUUCUACUUCUUCAUAUUUAUUUAUUUAUUUAUUUUUUAAACUGACCAAACUGCAUUCUUAGGCUUAAUCCCAAGUGUUCUGUGUUUUUUAAUGUUUUAAAGCGUGCACCUUUAAGUCCCAAGUAUUAAUUUUGUUUGGUAUUCCAGUCAAAUGUAAUAGCAGUGCUAUUUUCAUCACUUAAGUUUCAGUCUUUGAAUCUCAAAACUUGUGGAUAUUGUUUAUAUUUAGAUUGUCAAAAACUGUUUUUAUCUUGGCCCUUUGGUUAUCAAUUUGACAUAAAAUUCACUUUUUGGUGUCGACGCAGCAGUUAUUAAAAAAUAAAUAAAUUGUCUUUAGAUUGUUCAAGAUGUUUUACAGCUAAACCCCGUAAGCAGUGUUCCUUACACUUCUGGGUACUUCAAUAAAUAGUUAAAUUUCUUGAAGUGUUUCUUUGUUAGUGAAUUUUCACUGAACGAAGUCCCUCACCACCAGGCUUGACUCACGCAGUGAGCUUCCAGCUAGAUGGUAGAGUGGUGCGACAGGCACUCCUGAUGACCUAAACACUACCGCUAUAGUUAAUUAGGUGCUAUUUGAGAUUUCAUAUUAAUCUUCCAGUGGAUGUAAAAGCCAAUAAAUUUAGAAGACUUUUUUAAUUCCUUGUUUUUUUUCUGUUGGUACAAUGUUUAGAUUACACACUUGCUACAAAAAUUGUAGGCAAUGGAUUUGUUUUAAUUCUCUAUUCUGUUUCUUUUUUUUUUUUUUUUUUUCACCAAAAGCAAUGUCCAUUGAAGUUGAAUUCAUGUGACAUUGUCUGCUUACUCUAAACAAACGUCACUUAUCUUUUGCAUGAAACCUUCACCCCCUCAUCUAAACAGAUAAAGCUCAGAUCAGCACGUCCUUUUCAAUUUAAACUUAAAGGACCUCUAAAGGCACCCAGACCACUUCAUCUCAAUAAAGUGGUCUGUGUGCAGUGGCCAUUUAGUUUUAACCCUACAAUGUAAAACAUUGCCUUUUGUAGAAUUGGCAAUGCUUACAUUGCAGGGUUUAGCAUACCUCUAGAGGCUGUCUUACUGAUGGUCACUAGAGACGUUUUUCGCUGCCACAACAGAGUUUUACUUGGUCCUGUGACUUUCAUUGUGGAUGUCUGUCAUCAAAUGGUGUUCAUAGGAAAGCAUUGGGUUCAGUGUUUCUCAAUAAAAAAAAGCAUUUGAUUGGACAAGCAUGGUGCUAGCCACGAAUGAGCAUUUCAUUCAAGUUGGGCGAUGGCUGAAUCUAACUAGGGACUAGAACAUGUUUGUACUCCUCAUGUAUAGUAUUCCUUUAAAGUGGCUGUCAUCUCAAACUUGCCUUUCUCCAAUUGUUUACUCUUUCUGAAUCUAUUAUUUUCUUUAAAGUAUGGACUACUUUAACUCAUGUUCUACUCUUGACAAAGGGUGGAGCUCAAGCCAAUCUCAAUUUCCUUUAUCAAGAAUAAUUUCCCCACAAUACUCCAGUUUCCAUCAAUUUAAUCCUCUGUAAUAUUGCAACCUUACAAUAUCACUUUGAUAAUAUAGUUAUGAAAAAUAUUGAAAAUCUAUAUUCUACAUUAUUACCUGUUGAUAACUGGUACUGACUCACCAAAUCUAAUAUUUUCAUAGACCUAAUCCCUAUAAAUGGCCGUGAAAAUAUUUAUGGCAAAAGUUGGGUUUAGCCGAUAGAAUAGAAUUAAGGCCUUAAUGUCUGCAUGAUGUCUGACCGUGGAACCAUUUACCAAAAUUGGAUUGCUUCAUUUAAUCCUGACAAUUAAUAGUUUGUCAGUUAGUUGGCACUUGAUUCAGAAAAGUUCCCAGAUAUAAGGUCAUGGUACUGAUCACUAGGGCUGGUAAACAACUUUACAGGAAUUUAUGCCAAACUCUGUUAAUCCCCUACAGACAAUGCUUGUAUUAACUUAACCCACUGCAGUGUGUGUUUCUAUUAAUGAUGCUUCUGUUAAUGAAACUGGGUGAAAAUUUCCAUAAGGAUGUGCAAUCACAUUUUGCCCAACCCUAACUAACGUACCUUACACUCAAUCAUAAACUUAAAAUUAAAGAGAACUUGCCCUUUUCUGUAUAGGUAACGUCUAUCUCAUCGCAACUCCACACUGUCUCCGGGAGACUAUAGGUGAAGACAUUUUCCUAAAUGGCACAUGCGUGGAUGGUGCAUGGCUAAUAGAAUGCUUUAAUAGGGAAGGCCUCUUGCUGCAAUGUAGUAUAAUCAGGGUUAAAUACCUGCUAAAACCGAGAGACACAGGUAUCGAUUGAUAACUGAGGAUACGAUCGAUUACGCCCAAUCACAGUGAUUCUACGUCUGUUGAAGGGACACCACAAGGGUAUCAGCUGUCCGGCACCAAUCACCAUAUAAUUGGCUGGGCAUGCAUGCUUCAUUCUGUGUGUGUGUGUGUAUAUGUAUGUAUAUGUGUGUGUGUGUGUGUGUAUAUGUAUGUGUGUGUGUAUAUAUAUAUAUAUAUAUAUAUAUAUAUAUAUAUAUAUAUAUAUAUAUAUAUAGUGUGUGUCUGUGUGUGUGUAUCUAUACUUCAAAGAGAUACUACAUGAUAUGCAUUUAGCUUUAUGAAGCUGUUUUGGUGUACAGAUCAUGCCCCUGCUGGCAAAGUUCCAUGCCAUUUAGGAGUUAAAGUGGAUCUUUCACCAUCUGGGGCCUUUGCAGAUUUUGGAAAGACACCCGACGAGACCACUGGGGGUCCAGUGGCCAUGGAGAAUGGACAGUUGAGAUUUCCUAACCUGAACCUGCCCCUCAUGGAUGCCGUAUCUAUCUGCUGCUACUCUUCAGCUCCUGGGGCUUCAAAUUCCAGAAACCGAUGUCAGAACUGUAAUCUCGUGCAUGUGCAAGAGUGCAGCAUUGAGGUCUAUACGGAAUAUUGCAAGAUUGCUGUAAAUCACUUUUAAUUCUGUUUAUGCAGCCCUAGCUACACCACCUCCGUGACUGACAGAGCCUGCAUAAAUUAUUAUUUUUUUCAAUCAGAUUUGAAUUCAAUCAAAUUUUUAUCUCUUGCUUUUUAAAUUGACCUUUAAUCAGGCUCUAGCAGACUAUUAACAGAGAGGAGAUAAGAAAUGCUACAUUAAACAGAAUUUGCAAUAAAGGAAGUGUAAACAUUAGAUGACUGUUUAGAAGGAAGUGUUUAGGGAGGCUGCGUAAAUCACAUGCAGGUAAUUGUGCCUAGGGUUGCAUAUACAAAAUGAUUGAAGUCAUACAUGGCAGAUAAUUGAGUAGUGAGACUGCAGGGUCAUGAUCUAUACACCAAAACUGCUUUAUUAAGCUAAAGUUUUUUUGACUAUAGUGUCCCUUUAAAGAAAAAUAGUUUAAUGUUCCAAGUGAAAUAAUUUUGACAAUUACAAAUAUCUUCCUUUUUGAACAAUCAAUUUGAUACCAUUUAGCAGAAAAGUUUUUCGGAAUGCCGUUUUUUGUGCUAUGCAAUUAUGCAACAGACUGAACUCUUACAGUUCAAAACUUGAUAAAAGUGUACAGUUCAAAAGUGACCUUUUGCGCUGAUCAUGAUUAGAAAGUGUACAAUGAAUGCCUUCUUUUCCUUUCAUAUCUGCUAUGCUAAUAAUAAUAUUUUAUUGGAAGGCAAUGGUUUCGAACAUCCUGAAUGAAUAACCAGAAGGUAAUCCAGGCAAUUUAUUACAUAACAAUAGAUGUCGUAAGAUUGUAAACAUAAUAAAAAAAAAAUUACACAAGUUCACACAAGGGUAAAAUUCUUUGCAUCUGGGUGUGUGAAUCUUAUCUCCUUCUAUUAGCAGGACGGCAUGAUCAAAAUUAUUUAAAUUGGGUUUAUUGAAACCUUUGAACUACCUUUCCCUUCCAAAUACAGGUUUUGUAUGAUUAAACCAUCAUGCAGAGCUAAUACAAGCUGUUAAAAUUGUACAAAAAUGAGGUUCCUAUUUAGGGAAGCUUAAGAACAGAAUGUAUUUUGGGCUAACACACAACCUUUAUUUUUCAGGUGGUCAUAAAUGGAGGAGCUGCAUCGAGUGGGGAUCAGGACACUGAAGAUACAGAACUCAUGGCCAUUUAUACCACGGAAGGUGGUAUUGCAGAGAAGGUAUGUGGGAUAUCUUAGUUUGUUUGGGUUAUUAACAUUUUAUUUAGGCUUCUAGGCAUUGCUAGAUCAAUGUGGGGUGGCUAGAAAGGGCCACACUGAAACACAGUCUUCAGAGGCUCCUUGUGCUUAGCUAAUUAAUAAAAAUUACACCCUGAUUAAAAAAAUCACCUGUGAAGGAGCUCGACAACCGAAGCGAACUGUCCCACAAACCUGGUGCUCUGGCAUUCUGCGUUGAAACAUUGCUUUACAAGCUCCUUGACCUUACAAGCUCCAUAAAAUUAGAGAGUCCUGACGGUCUCCCUAAUCGGCACUACCUAAGCCUACCUUGGGGCUCAGAAUCGAAGAUAUGUGGAGGCAGACGCAUGAGGUGACUGGGCCCAAGAUGGCCUUCUCUGGGGUCUGCUCAGACCUAUCUGAUAACUUCCCAUAUGAGGAGGCCGAAAAGAGUUUACCUGCAUGACUACGUCAGUGCUGCGUGAGCUUCUGGCAGAUCUACAGAGAACUCUCCAGGCUGAUGUUGCCGCGUUCCGCGGAGAUCUACAGUGCCUGACUGGCUCUGAACGCUAGAGAAGGCCUCAGAGAGGGGCGCACAGCGGACGGACUCACUCCAACGAGCUGUUUAAGAGCAACAACCCCAAAACCGAACAAAUGAACGCCGAUUUGCGGCCCUUGAAGAUUCAGCCACCGCCCAACUUUGUGGAUGAAAUACUUUUUUAUUGGAAUACACUGAACCCAAUGCUUUCCUAUGAACACCAUUUGAUGACAGACAUCCACAUCCACAAUGAAAGUCACAAGACCAAGUAAAACUGUCAAAAAAUAAAGAAUUUAAAAAAAUUUAAAAAAUUAAGUCCCUUAAAAAUAUUUUCCUUUCAGUGUUUCAUUAAUGCUAAAGAGGGACAUACAGCUUUAAUAAUAAAAAAGCAUAGCCAUACAGCAAUAGCAAUAUUCCUGCUUUAUUUAAAAUACUAAAUAAUUGAUAUCCCAUUCACUAUGAAUGUAGUGUUCCCUAAAAGGCGUUCUCUCCACCAGUCUGAUGACUACCUUGUAGGCUAGCACUUAGUGUGGUCCGUUAAGUUUUACCAAUGCCAUAUUGGUGUACUCUUAAAAGUUAAUUUAACGAUUUUAUUUAUUUGUUUUCAUUCUUGUUCACUGUUGCUGCUGGUCAUUCUAAUAAUUCAGAGCGUAUUGAACAGUUCUCUCAAAGGUAACCGUUUUAUCAAUUAUAAACAUUGGAACAGAAUUAGGAAGUCCUUAAAGGAACACUAUAGCCACAAUCCGUUGGUCUCUAGAAGCCACAUGAUUGAAAACCAACUCUGACUUUUUUCUCACAGAGGAAGUGUCAGAAAGACAACCACUAGAGAUGUCUUUAAUCCUGCAAUGGAAACAUUGCUGCUUCUACUAAACUGCAAAAUUUUAAAUUGCACGUUUAAAACUAAAGGGCCACUGCACCCAGGCUAUCUCAUUAAAAUGAAGUGGACUGUAUGCCUUUAGUGGUCCUUUAAAUACUGAACCUUUUAAACUGCAGGAAUGCUCCAGGCAAGUCAGCUAAGGGGACUAUAUUCUUCUGCAUUGGAAGCCCCGAUUUAAAAAUAAAACACACCAACGUAUAAGAACGGCCUUUUUUUUCAAAGAAAUCUGUUUGUGAACAUAUCCUAGAAGGCAGCACUUGUCAUGCAGAUGUUGCAUGUUUUGUAGAUGAGAAAGAUUUCAUGAGGUUUAUAGCGUUCUAAGACAUUCUGUACAUGAAUGGUAAGAAAUAUCUAGUGCUCCAGUUGCUACUCCUUUGGGCUUUUAUUAUAUUCCCACUUUAGGAAAUAUGUAUGAUAAAUUAACAUGGUGAUGUCUAUAAUUUAUAUUACUAUGUUUAUGGAGGAAUUAUUGUUUUCCACCACUUUUAAAUUUUGUCAACUAACAAUUUUAGUUGACUAAAAUGUUUUGAGAUUGUCGACUAAAACAAAAAUUACUUUUUAGUCAAAAGACCAUGACUAAAACUAAAUUAAAAAGUGGCGCCAAAAUUAACUGUGGUGGGUAAGACACAUGGGGGAGGAAGGAGAGGAAAUGAGAUAUAGAAACAUAGAAUAUGACGGCAGAUAAGAACCAUUCAGCCCAUCUAGUCUGCCCAACUUUCAAAAUACCUUUAUUAGUCCCUGGCCUUAUCUUAUAGUUAGGAUCGCCUUAUGCCUAUCCCACACAUGCUUAAACUCCUUUACUGUGUUAACCACUACCACUUCAGCUGGAAGGCUAUUCCAUGUAUCCACUACCCUCUCAGUGAAAUAGUCCUUCCUGAUAUUAUUUUUAAACCUUUGACCCUCUAAGGACUAUGCCGUCUUGUGGUAGUUUUUCUUCUUUUAAAUAUAGUCUCCUCCUUUACCUUAACUUUUUUUUUUUGGUGCAGGUAGGUACAUGUUAUUGUCAAAUGCCACAACCACGUACUUAUAGAUUCAUACAGGCUUAGCAUUGGCAUGAGUGUGUGCACAUUUUUAAAUAUAAACAAGCUCAAUAGAAACAGGCUUAACAUAAGUAAUGAGUUACUGCUAUGUAGUUUAGUAUGUAUGUGGAUUAAGGUUACGUUGCAAUAGAUUGCUGCAGUAUAGUAAAUGCUUGAACAUACAUGUCUGCAUGAGAGACAAGGCAGGAGGUUCAAAAAUAAGAAACAUCGAACAUGAAGAUUAUUAAAUAAAAUAAGUAAAUAAAUGAACAAGCUAGAGUAGGCCUGACGCUUAUGUUUACGACUUAUGUUUACGGCAAACAGGGAUAGCCCUCAUGAGCCUGGGGACAAACAGUGCUAAGCCAUCUCUGUGGCCGUGAGUGCGCCAUAAAUGAGCUCUGCGACUGAGCGGUAUGCCAGCUUGGAGUCUGCUCCCCUGUGAGUGCUGUGCAGGGAUGUAGCUGCGAGGUGUCGACUUGCAUGUUGGGUUGAGUUUUUACCGCUGGGCGAUUCAGUGUUUGGGGGUCUGCCAGCGGGCCCGCCGGCGAGAGUGUCGCUUUUCUGUGUGCGCUUUGGGCUAAGAGGCCGCCGCGUCAGCUAUCAUUCCCCGUGUGGUAGAUAUAAUGGGGUGGGUGGUGUUAUGCUCUGUGCGCCUCUAGAAGUCCCAGCAUGUGCGGUCAAACUGAGCUUCAAAGCGUUCUCUCCAUGCCCGUGGCUUUUUUGCAGUUGCAGGGGUUGGUGCUUGGCAUCCAUGUUGGGCCCGACAUGCGGUCUGUGUUUCGGACGAGAGAUUUCAGGGUGUAAGCCUGUUAGUUUCCCCAGAGGGGACCGGGAUAAUGGGUCGCCAGGAGAGCUGCUGCUUUUUGCGGUCCCCAUGGCGGGAGAUCGGCCGCCUCUCCCAGCCACUAGGCCGCUUUCCAUGUUAGGCCUCAUUUUAAGAGUGUGCAGUAUUCUUUCCAGAAUUUCACCAGGCGUGUCUCCACGGGUCUCCACUUGGUUCAGCACUGCUGUGUUGCCGAGUUGGGCUACUUUAGUUGAGUUUGUGGCAUAUCUUUGACAAUACAAUGCUGCUUUUUUGCCAGAGCUCUCUGCAUGCACAUCUGGUUAGCUCGGCUGUCCGGUCCCGACCCCCAGUCUCCUCCUUUACUUUGUUGAUUCCCUUUAUGUAUUUAAAUGUUUCUAUCAUAUCAGAGGGGUCUCGUUUUUCCUCCACGCUAUACAUGUUAAGUUCCUUUAACCUUUCCUUGUAAGUUUUAUUCUGCAAUCCAUGAACCGGUUUAGUAGCCCUUCUCUGAACUUUCUCUAAAGUAUCAAUAUCCUUCUGAAGAUACGGUCUCUGGAACUGCGUACAAUACUCCAAGUGAGGUCUCACCAGUGUUCUGUACAGUGGCAUGAGCACUUCUCUCUUUCUACUGCGAAUACCUCUCCCUAUAAAACAAGCAUUCUGCUAGCAUUUCCUGCUGCUCUAUUACAUUGUCUGCCUACCUUUAAGUCAUCAGAAAUAAUCACCCCUAAAUCCUUUUCCUCAUAUGUUGAGGUUAGGACUCUUUCAAAUAUUCUGUACUCUGCCCUUGGGUUUUUACGUCCAAGAUGCAUAAUCUUGCACUUAUCCACAUUAAAUGUCAGUUGCCACAACUCUCACCAUGUUUCAAGUUUACAUAAAUAAUUUGCCAUUUGGCUUAUCCCUCCUGGAACAUUAACCCUGUUACAUGUCUUAGUAUCAUCAGCAAAAAGACAUACCUUACUAUCAAGACCUUCUGCAACAUCACUAAUAAAAAUAUUAAAGAGAAUGGGUCUAAGUACAGAUCCCUGAGGUAACCUACUAGUGACAAGCCCAAGCUUCGAAUAUACUCCAUUGACUACAACCCUCUCUUGCCUGUCACUCAGCCACUGCCUUACCCAUUCAACAAUAUUGGAACCCAAACUUAAAGAUCGCAGUUUAUUGAUGAGUCUUCUAUGUGCAACAGUGUCAAAAGCCUCACUGAAAUCUAGAUAAGCAAUGUCUACCGCACCACCCUGAUCUAUUAUUUUAGUUACCCAAUCAAAAAAAUCAGUAAGAUUAGUUUGGCACAGUCUCCUUGAAGUAAACCCAUGUUGUCUCUGAUCUUGAAAUCCAUGUGAUUUUAGAUGUUCAACAAUCCUAUCCUUUAACAUGGCUUCCAUUACUUUCCCCACUACUGAAGUAAGGCUUACUGGCCUAUUGUUGCUUGACUCCCUAUUACCUUUCUUCUGAAUGGGCACAACAUUCGCUAACUUCCAAUCUUCUGGGACUACUCCUGUUAGCAAUGAUUGGUUAAAUAAAUCUGUUAAUGGUUUUUCUAGUACACCACUAAGCUCCUUUAAUAACUUUGGGUCUAUCCCAUCAGGUCCCAUUGACUUAUUUGUCUUUACUUUUGACAGUUGAAAUAGAACCUCUUUCUCUGUAAACGCACAUGUAACAAAUUACUCACUUGUCCUUUUUCCUAACUGAGGUCCCUUCUCUUUUAGUGCCCCCCCCCCCGCUUAAUGUUCCUCUCUCCCCCCUCUAGUGUUCCUCUCCCUCCUCUUUUUGUAGUCCCCCCGUCCCAUAGUGUUCUUUUCUCCCCUCUACCUGUCCCAGUGUUCUUACCCCCUCUCCCUUGUCCCAUAGUGUUCUCCCCUCCUCCCCUGUCCCAUAGUGUUCUCCCCUCCCCUGUCCCAUAGUGUUCUCCCCCCCUCCCCUGUCUCAUUGUGUUCUUUUCUCCCUUCUUCCCCUGUUCCAUAGUCUUCUUUUCUCCCCCUCCCUGUCCCAUAGUGUUCUCCUCCUUCCACUGUGCUGUAGUGUACUCCCCUUCCACUGUCCUUUAGUGUACUCCCCCCACUGUCCUUUAGUGUACUCCCCCACCCCACUGUCCUUUAGUGUACUCCCCCCUGUCCACCAGUGUAGCUUCCCCACCCUUUCCCUGUCCUGUAGUGUACUCCCCUUCCCCUGUCCUAUAGUGUACUCCCCCCUUCCCCUGUCCUGUAGUGUACUCCCAGUCCUGGUGUUCUCCCUGUUCGUAGUGUUCUCCUCCUCCUCCCCUGUCCUAGUGUUCUUUCUCCCCCCUUUUCAUGUCAUCAUUACUAUCUUUCAUUGUGAUAUAUAAUCAUCUGGAUGGUUAAUGCAAACAUAUCUGUUAAACUAUGCACAAUUAUUUUUUAAAAUUUUGGCAAAUUUGACCAGUUUUUGACCAUCAAUGUGCACCCUGAAUGUUUCUAGUACCUAUUGUUCAGCUGUUCCAAACUCCUAGAGCUGUACAGAGCAUCUAUAAAUAUUGACAUCUAUAUAGAUUUGGUUACACAGCCUAGCUACCGUCCCUUGCAGGAAAAACAGCUAGCUUGUAUUGUAUGUUUAAAGGAACACUGUAGUGCACUAUAUGGUUAUUCGGUCCCCCUCUCCCUCGGAGCCUCCCUCCCGCAGGGCUGAAGGGGUUAAAGCCUCUUCAGCCACUUAACUUAAUCCAGCACCGAGCUCUCUCGGCGAUGGUCGCCUCUCCUCCCCCUGCCGACGUCAGCUCCUGAGUGGAGCCGAAUGCGCAUGUGCUGCCAGAGGCGCACGCGUUCAAACCGCCCAUGGACGUCCAGCAGGAGUUGAAUGCGAUUUUCACAGAGAAUCACGGAAGUGGCCUCUAGUGGCUGUCAGGGAGACAACCACUAGAGGCUGGAUUAACCCUCAAUGUAAACAUAGCAGUUUCACAGAAACUGCUAUGUUUUCAGCUGCAGAGUUCAAACUAGGGGGCCCUGGCAAAUUGAGCUGAAGUGGUCUGGGUACCUAUAGUGGUCCUUUAAUCAUAAUACAAAAUGGUGCACGUUACUCACAACACAUGUAAUAUACUGUUAAUAUGUCUAAUCACAUGUGUGAAAAGUUAGGUUUCUGUUUAACUGUCUGCAAAUGCACCGCAAAAAUAAAGAAUUUAAAAAAAAAAAAAAUCUACUGGAGAUUUACUCGACUAAAACUAGACUAAAACCAUUCAGAUGACUGAAAUACAACUAGAACUAAAAUGGCUUUUUAGUCAAAAGACUUUGUAAAACUUAAUUGAAAUUUGCAGAGCAAAAUUAACUUUUUUGUACUAGCCUGGUAGUAAGCCUUGUAGACUCAAUCUACCGUAGAUUCUUCAUGGUGUGACAACAGGCCAGUGCCAGGAAAGGAUAGGCAAGAGGUCACCCAGAUCAGUUUGAACUAGAACUUUGCAAACCUAAUGCCUGAAAGGCAAUUAUUUUCUGCAUUUCCUUAUAAAGGAUAAUGACUUACCUAAAGUUUUGUGAUGUCACCAACUUGUUUUACUGGUCUACAAGGGCAUUCAUUUGAGAAGACUUUACAACUGCUCUCCAGGUAACCCAUUUUAAACACAUUGCCCUAAAGCUGAAGUGUUUCAUCUCUUAAAUGAGACUGUAUUGUUGUGUGUGCUAUGAAACAUAACUAACAAGCAUACAUUUUACAUGUUACUAUAUGACACAGUGGGUUGCCAACACCCAAGGCAAGUAUUACACCCCUAAACCCCAGAUUCCCUUAACAGGCCCCUUCCUUUGCUACCUGCCACACAUCUCCGUGAUGUGUGUAACUCUGAUAGUUGCAUUGCGUCAUUUUUUAAAAUCCAUCUCACACCUGAAGUAAUGUGUAUAGUUUAUACACAUUGCUUGAGGCGCAAGGUGGAUUUUAAAUAUUACACAACUAUUAGUGUCACACACAUCACGAUGACGAGGCAGGUAGGGAAGGAUGAACGAGGCUAACUAGAUGUUUUACCGGUAUGAUACCAUUUAAUAAUGUGUGAUUUUCCAUUUGAAGAUGCCAGAGGUAUCUUCAAACAGGAAAUCACACUAUUAACAGGCAUAUUUAAUUUACAGAUAAGACUGUACAUGAAGACUUUACAUGAAGACUGUAUGGCUGUAAUCAGAAAGUAAAAUACUGUAAAAUGUAACUUGGCAACGUUUCUGCCCGGUCAUGUUCUAUGUGAGGGGGAGGGCGCACUAUUUUAAAAAUUUAUUAUUAUUAUUAUUACUUAUUAUUACUAUUUACUAUUACUUUUUAAAAAUUUUAUUACUACUACUACAACCGCCCCGUGCCCCUCCCCACGCUACGCCGCUGAUAAAGUGAUAUGACCUGCCAAGAAGGUUAAUGAUUAAAACAUUCAUUCACCCGUGAGGUUUACAUAUUUUAUAUAUGAAUUCUAUAUAGAGUUCACUGUUACCUAGUUAUCUGUGCUCCUUGCUUUGUCAUUGUGCAACCAAGACACAUGAUAUCCCGUCUUAAAACCCAGCAGGCUGACAGGCAUUCUGAAAGUAUUAAUUCCUUUUGCCAUAGUCUCCAAUUUUGACACCUCUGGCGUAUGAUUACUGGAUAUGAAUUCAAACCACUUCAGAGCUGAGCUUAAAGUGCCUUGGGCGGCAUUUUCCAGGGGGAGGCAAAAAAAGCUGCCCCAAAUGCCCAGGGCAAAUGUCUUGUUAGCCUUGUGGCUAACUGACAAGCCAGGCGGGCUGCUGGGCUUCGGGUGGCCUGCGAGGGAGCACUUUCCCCUCGUCAUAUUCCGGCUCCCGGCAUCACUUUGGAGGUGCCUGAGUUUUGUCCUAGGGCAGCACAAAACCAGGAUACACCACUGUUCCUGACACUGAAUGUUUAAAAUAGUUGUUUAUGUCCUGUCUGCCUCCCCCCCCCCUCGCCCUUAAUAAAAAGGUGAUUUACUCACCUUUUUUUCCAGCUAAACACCACAACGCGCCUAUCAGCAUCUCAUCUCAUAGGGAUACACUGAAUCAAUACAUCUCUGUGAGGAACAUUCAGUGUCUCCAUGCAGAUGCUGAACGUGCAGCACUGACCCAGGAAACCUCUCUAGUGGCCGUCUGAGUGACGGCCGCUAGAAGUGUUUUUAGGCGGUAUGUAAGCACUGCCUUUUCUUUGGAAAAAAUAAUGAAAUUAUAAUGCCUGCGGGGACAGACAGCAGACACCAGAACAACUACAUUUAAGCGGUUACAAUAAGUAAACGGAGUGACUAUAGUGUCUCUUUAAACCAAAAGAUAACUGUGUAUACUGAUGAAUAUACCAAUUUAUAUAGGUAGAGCAUAGGGAAAAUGUUUCAUUAUUAUUACUACUAUAUUUCUAAUAUGAAGCAACUAGCCCUAACAGGCACUCUGGACCUUAAUUUUUGCCCAUACUGUCAGAUGAUGCCUACUAGCAGUGCUCCUACCAAUGUUAAUACAAAAUAAUUCCAAACAUUUGCCUUCCUUCUGCCCUCAAAUACAUGACAAAAAUCAAAAUGUAGUAAUUCCUACCAAGGAUGAUAAUCUGGUUGAGAGCCCUUGCAGUUCAGGUGAUGUGAGCUGGAGUGUUAUUUAUUUUCUUUUUGGGGAGUAAUGCUCAUGGCUGUCACUUACACUUGCCAAAAUCUAGGCCAGAUAUUGAAAGCUGCUAGAGGCACAUAGAUGUAAAUUGAUAUGUAAAAUGUAUUUUUUUGACGUAUAUAUCGAAAUUUUAUGGAAAUUUACACCUAGCCUUUGAUCAUGCAUUCAUAUAAGACUAGUAAAAAUGAAGAAUUAAAAAUACUUGCUGUUUUUACCUGAACAUAAGAUUUUGUUGCCUAGUUAAUUAUCCUAUAUAAAUAAGAAGAAUUUUCUUUCUAUUUAAAGGGCACCAAAAUAACUUUAGCUUAGUGAAGUAGAUUUUGUGUAUAAAUAAUGCCCCUGAAGUAGCAAAGCUUAAUUAUCUGCAAUGUCUGUCAGAGAGUUAACGUGAAUGAUGUAUUAUGAAAGUGUAAGCAGUGUCCCCCCGCCCCCAAGCCCAAUCGUAAUAAUAAAAACAGGCAUUUUACAUAAUUGAAUAAGAUGAUUUUUAAAUAAUUUAAUCUGUUUAGCCUUUUUAUUAUAUAUAUAUAUAUAUAUAUAUAUAUAUAUAUAUAUAUAUAUAUAUAUAUGUGUUAUUUUCUUUUACUUUCAUAUUAAAGAUUUAGAAAUUACAUCAUAAUUCAGCCCAGGAAAGGAGUAAGCCAGGGCAUAUGUUGCAAUCGAGGAGGAGAAAUAGAAAGAUUGUUUUAUUUUUCCCUUCAUCUUCAUCUCUUUUUUCUAUGCUGAACAGGGGCAUGGCUAAGAUCAAACACCCUGGGCUUAAACCCACAAAUAAUUUGACUCCUUUCCAAUUCCAUCGCUUAACACAUCUCUUGCUACACUCAAUUGCUUACAGACGCACACAGAUACAAUAGACACACAUACACAAGUUUAAACACUAACACAAUAAAAGCUGUCUGUACCUUGCCCCCCUGCUAUUGUCGCACCUGACCAAGCAUGGUUGACAGGGAGCUUAAAUGGAAAUGUUCAGAUGUAGGAUUAAAAAGGUGUGGAUUUCUAAGAUUAAGAUUAUUUUUCACACGUGACAAAUACAUAUUUUUUUUAGGGUUACUCCAACACUUUUAAAGUAUUUUUUUAAUUUUAUUUUUGUUUAGAUUGCCCUAGUGGGCAUAAUUCACUUGGCUCCACCUUAUAGUUAUAUAAUACAUUAAGAAAAUUGGUUAAACAAGAAUAGACUCACUUAGCAAAGUUUGCCUCAUUCUGUUCAUGCACCGCCUGUAGUCACUGCACCCUUUCAGUGGGCCGAUGAAAAACCUCUCAUUAAGAAGCACUUGAUAGGAUUGUUCUCACAGGCUCAGUGCAUGUGUGUGCUCAGUCAUAACUUUUGUGCAGAAUUACCAUUGAGCAGCCAGGAAAAGUUCUGGGAUGCCUAAAUCACGUGUGCUUGGGUGUGCCCAAAAUUGCAGAGGUCUCGUUUGAAUGUGGAGCAUUUCUAUCCGAAAUGCUGCACAGAUUCCUUGCUCCAUGACCACGUCUAAAAAUAGGAGGCUGUAGUAACCCUUUCAUUAAACAUAAUAUUAAAAAUCCUGAGAAUUGACAGUUCCUCUUCAUCAAUAUUUCAUCGGUAAUGGUUUCAUAUAAAAAUUGAAGCUAAUGACUUUGCACUUUAAUGGCUAUACAGGGUUCAUAGUUUGCAUGUUGCAAAAUAUUUUUCUAAAAUCACAAAGCCUUUUAACUGUUCUAAUAGUUGAUUCUAUCCUCACUGUGAAACUCACUAUACUGUGGGCAUGUUAAAACUCUCAUGCAAAUCACCAUAACUCUUGCUUUCUACAUCAUUUACAAACUGAAUGUGUGCAGUUGUUGUGUAGUCUAAGAUAUGAAAUGUUUAACAGUUUUUGCAACAGAUCUGUGUAAAGCUGAUCUGCUGUAAAUUUGCUUUCCAUAAAUGUACCAUAUCUCCUAUACAUAAAAGUACUUUUAAAGAAAAUGUAGAUGCAAUUUCUUCCCCAUAAGGUUGCUUUUAGAAGCCUUCGUUCUUGUUUCUCCAUAUUUCUUGGCAGACACCUUUGACCCUUUUUGAUGUCUUUGUUGAUUUUCGAUUCAUCUAGUGUCUAUCUUCCUCUAUAAUAUAUAUUGCUAGUCACAACAUGAAUUUAAAAAAGUUUUUCUCAAAUGAUGGAUGAGGUCACCUAUCACCAGGUACAAUAAAAAAAAAAAAAAUUGGUUUCCUCAACAGAAGCUAGUUUUUGUAGUAGAGCCUUUCAAUGCCUCUGGGACAAAAACUGCAUAUGAUGAAGACCUUAUUAUACCUUGUCAAUAAUUUUAAAAUCGGAAGAAAAAAACAAAAUCCUUAGCAGUAUACAUGUAGGUUUUACCCUUUGAGAACUCAAAAUCCUUUCAGACAUACCUGUGUUUAUUUUUGUAAUUAAUACCUGUGGAUGUUAGGAUUAUACACACAAAAAUUUAUAAAAAGCUUGUUACAAAUUGCUGAUUAUCUGUAGCGUAGUGUUUACUUUGCUGAAUUGGCUGUAAUGAGAUUAAAGUGGCUCAGUCACCUCAAACUUACCUUUCUUCUAUUGUUCCAUCUUACCUCCCUCUUUCAAAAUCUGUUCUUAUGUUCUUCACUUCUGAUCUAUUUCUCUUUAAAAUAUAAGACAAGGUAGGGACUACUUUGUGUAAUGUAUUUUUCCUACGAAUGACAAUUGUGGGGGGGGGAAGGGUGGAGCUUAAGUCACGCAUCACUUCCUUUGUCAAGCAAAGGGCAAAGCUUGUCUUAGAAGAGCACUGUAGUGUCCGCAACACAAACAUUGUGCAGCAUUGACGAAGGAAGCACUUCUGGUGGCCUUCUCUGUGACCCUAGAGGUGUUCUCUGAAAAGGCUGUGUUUACUGCCUGCAGGCUUUUUAAAUCGACACCAGAAAAAUUACAUUACACUGUAGUUGUUCUGGUGACUAUAGUGUCCCUUUAACCCCUUAAGGACCUGGGACUUAUCAGGUACGUCCAACAAAAAAAAGGUUAACAACCCCAGACGUACCUGAUAUAAAAUAUAUAUAUAUAUAUAUAUAUAUAUAAACAAACCCCAUUCUCUAUAAACACUGGCUCUUGCACAGUGCAUUUUUUUAGGGGUGUAGCGGAUGGCAUGUGACUGUCUGUCAGAAUUAUAUUUUAAAAGACUGUUUGCAUGUCUAAACUGCCUGUACAUUGAAAAUUGCAUAUACAUUCGUAUGUUAGUUCGGUAGUUUCCUUCAUAGUUUAUACGAAUGGAAACUACCGAAUGCAUAGACCACCUUAGAGAAGAAGUGUGUCCCUAGUUAAACUCUUAUUCCCUCUCUAACCGCAGUUAAUUGAUGUUGUAUUGCUGUACCUGGGUAGACGAACACGCGGCGGCGGUCAUCUUACGCACGGACUCUCAGCGGUGUUUGGUCGUCGAGUGUCUGGAACUCAAAUCGGACACUCGAUUAUGCAUACACCGCUGAGACCUCCAGAGCUCCAGAACUCACGAACGGAGGGGCUAUUCGACUCCUCGUUCGGUGAGUUCAGUAUACCAAACAAGGGAGUUCGUGCGAACCUGGUAUUAUCUACGGAUGGCAAGGAUUUCUACCUGUUUUACCUCCCGACCGCAGGGCCAAAAUACAUGGAACUCCUUUCGGCUACAUAGUCGUGUGCGGUCGGUCAAAUAGUUUAUUCCCUAUAACUCCUGAACCCCCUGGUCUGAUCUGGGUGACCAACAUACUCAAAAUUCACCCAGAUCAGACCAGGGGAUGCCACUUAAGUCCUGGUACCCCACGGUUUUGGGGUACAUCCAAGAAACAGGGGAAAAGGUACCAGGAUUAAGUGUCACACUGAGGGGAGGGAAAGUAGGGGAGGGAACCUCCGUAUUAUUGGUUACUGCUAUAAUUACUGUAAAUCCCUCCCUUGCAUGGGAGAAUCCUUUAUAAGGAACUGCUGUGAAUAAAUCUUUAGUUCUGCUCCUGAUGCUGUGUGUCGUCCAGUCAUUGGGAUUGCGAUUGGGAUAUUGUUGGAGUCUUUUUGCCUGCUGAAAUUAUAACUCUGUGGAUUUAUUAUACUUGUUCCUGAGCCUUACUGGGAUCCAAAGUGGAGAUAGGCUGUGUAAGACCAGCUCCCCGCUACAAGGGGUUAAUUUGUUGAUUUUUUUUUUGUGAGACCCAAAAGCUCUUUUUCAGAGCUAUUAACCCCUAUCCUGCCAGUGAUCACUGGCUCUUGCAUAGCAGCAACUUAUUUUGCUGUCUGUGCAUUUUUUUUAAGGAUUCAUUUUUUUUAAAAAAAAUUUUUUUGUUAAAGUCACUAAAUAAAGAGAUUGUGAUUGUCACAGAGGUCGUAUAGCGCUGAGGAGGCGUAUGCCAUCCUUGUGUUAGAGUCUGAUGCGUCUAUGUCUGAUUCCGAUCCUGAUUUUGACCCUGCUAGGUGCUCAGAUACAUCACUAGAUACAGUGUCUGGUGCUAGUGAUGUAUAUAGUUAUGAUCGAUCUGUGCCUGCUAGUCCGUCUGCCAGAAGGAGAUGUGCUGCUGAGGAGUGGGUUGCGCCUCAUCGCCAGAGGCCAGAUAUCCCAACCUUUACUGCAAAUCCUGGAAUCAAUGUGAAUGUCGUAGGAUUUAGCCCCCAAGAUUUUAUGGAGGUGUUUCUGGGCGAUAAUGUAUUGGGGAACAUUGCUGCCCAAACUAAUUUAUAUGCCCGUCAGUUCUUUGCUGCAUAGCCUGAUUCUUUUUUGACAAAGCGGCAACGGGCCCCAUUGAUGGUCCAGAAUUUAAAAAAAAAAAAAAAUAUGGGCAUUGACUAUGCUGAUGGGCAUCAUAAAGAAGACCAUCUUCCGCUCCUACUUGAGCAGUACCCCCAUCAGCUCUACCUCCAUUGUAUGUUGAGGAAGAGGUAUGAAAUUAUUCCACAUUUCAUGCACUUCAGCGACAAUAGCCUGUGCCCCCCUAGGGAGCAUCUCAAGUUUGACAGUAUAAAAUCCGCCUCCUGAAUACCCACUUCGCUGCCAGGUUUGCAGAGGCUUAUACAUCGGGAAGGAAUAUAUGCGUGGUGAAUCCCUGAUAAAAUAUAAGGGAAGGCUGGGAUUCAAGCAGUAUGUUCCUUCCAAGCGCUCCAGGUAAGGUGUAUAAUCUCUUAGAGAUUGAGACUGGGUAUAUUUAGGCCUUCGGGUGUAUGAGGAAAAGGAUGGCCACCUUGACCCUCCAGGUUGCCCAGAACAUAUGGCAACCAGUGGCAAGAUUGUCUGGGACCUGAUAUUCUCCGUGAUGAACAAAGGGUACCACUUGUAUACAGACAAUUUUCAUACAAGUGUCCCUUUGUUCAAGCUACCGUAUUGUUUUGAUACUGUAGCUCGCGGUACAAUCAAAAAGAACCAUGCAGGUUUCCCAGAAUAACUUACAUGCACCCGGCUAUGAAGGGGGGAGACCUCACCACUGCACCAAGAGGAGCUGUUGGCAGUUAAGUACAGAGACAAGAAGGAUGUGUACCUUCUUACCACCAUCCGCACUGAGAGGACUGUUGAGGUCUCUGUACGUGGCAGAGCUGGGAGCACAAGGAAGCCAGUGUGCAUCAAGGCCUAUAACUGCCAUGUGGGUGGGGUUGAUCUGGCAGAUCAGAUGCUGCAGCCCUACCUAAUUAUACGGAAGACCAGGGCCUGGUACAAAAAGGUUGCAAUUUACUUAAUGCAGAUUGCAACCCACAAAGCUUUUUUUCUUGUGUAAAAAAGCAAACCCCGGAAUGAAACUGACUUUACUACAGUUUCAGCUCCAGAUCAUUUCCAGGAUUUUGUACCGUGAUGCACAGGCUCCCUGGGCUGUGAUACGAGAGAGCAGAGUUGGGGCUACCCACUUUAUUUUUAAAAUCUCCCCCCUGCUGCGGCAAAGCAGAAUCCUCAAAGCAGAUGCAGAGUCUGUUUCAAAAGGGGGCAGAGAAAGGACAUCGUCUUUUACUGUCCUGAUUGCCCAGGACAGCCUGAACUCUGCAUUAGGGACUGCUUCAAGAGAUACCACACACUGGUCCAUUUUUUUAUUUUAUUUUUUCAUUUGCCUUUCAGUUUUUUGGGUUUUUUUUGGUUACAUUUACUGUUCAUGAGUUUGUUUGUUUUUUUAUUUACUUUUACUGUGCCAGACUAUUUUUGAUCAAGUUCAAUCUAUGCAUGGGGGGCAUGGGUUUAUUAAAGAGGCCUUGCAGAAAACAACCUGAAGUGUUUUCUUGCAAUAACCAACAACAUGAUCUCCUAAAUCACAGUAAAAAAAACAAUGUGUGUGUAAAAAUGAAAAUUGAAAAAUUACCACCACACAUUUUCUCCAAUUUUUUUUGUGGCUAAAAUGGUUGCAUCAAAGGCAUCAAAACACUCCAAAUACAAUACCUUGGAGUGUCAACUUUUCAAAUAUAUGCACGUUCAUGGCAAGAAAAUAUAUUUGGGUAUGUAAAAAGGCCCCCAAAAAGAUGGGCAAAGAAGAUAUGUCAAGUUUAAAAACCAUAUGUCAGAAGUUUGGCAUUGCACCCCCCAAACAACCCAACAAGCCUAUGCAUAGGUGGUAUCAUUGUACUCAGAAGAUGUUGCUGAACAAAUAUUGGGGUGUUCUUUGGCAGUUAUACAUAACUAGCUGGGAAUUCAUGCCUAAAGUACAAUGUGUGUGAAAAAUAACACAAAAAAAUGACCACCCAAAUGUUUGACAAAGAGUGGUGGUAGAAUUAGUGCAUGGAAAGUGUUAAAAUACCACCAUUUAAAAUGCCCUAUGGUGUCUACUUUUCAAAAAUAUAUGGUUUGAUGGGGGUAAAUAACAUUGGACGGCUUCAAAAAUGUCCCAAAUAGGACAUGGGUGCAUGAUGACCAGCUAUAAAUAUGCCAAGUUGGAAAACUUGAAUGCGCACCCUCCAAAUAAGGUCUUUUAGCCCACAGAGAACCCGACACACCUGUACAUGGGUGGUAUCACUGUACUUAGGAGAUGUUGCUGAACACUUUUUUGGGCGUUCUUUGGGAGUAACCCUUAAAGUUCUCCGUACAUGUAUUUUUAAAUUGCUAUGUGUUUUUUUUUUUUUUUUAAAAAUCCACUUUUUUUUUUGGAAGGGGGGGGGCAUAAAUAUGUUUUUGAAAUAGCAAAGUGCUACUUGUACUUAUUGCCCUAGAACUUGCCAAGAACAUGUUAACAUUGGGUAUUUUGUAAUUUAGGACAAAAUGAAGAAACUAUUUAUCAUGUGUUUUUUGGCGGUUGUAGAUUUUUUUUUUUUUAAUUGUAAAUUAUAUGAUAUGAUGAAAUUAAUAUCUUUAGAAAGACCAUUUGAUGGUGAGACAAAUGGUAUAUAAUAUGUAUGGAUAUAGUAAAUGAGUAAGAGGAAAAUUACAGCUAAACACGAACAUCGCAGAAAUGUAAAAAGAGCCCUGGUCCUUAACGGGAAGAAAAUUGUAAAACGGUCUGGUCACUAAGGAGUUAAGCUCCACCCUUUGCCAAGAUUGCAAAAUGUUUGAAAAAUACACAAGACAAAUGCCUACUUUGUCUCAUGUUUUAAAUAUAAAUACAUUAGAAAUUAAGAAAAGAACAAAUUCUGAGACCAGAAGAGAAGACGAAACAAGAGGAGAAAGGUUUGAGGUGACAGAGCCACUUUAAAUUCAUUGUUUUAUUCAAUCUUUCAAUCAUGAUGCUAAAUUUAAGGUCGCUUGCCAUGGGUAAAACACCAGCCCCAGAACCUAUUGCUCUGUUGAGAAAUUCUACAUUCAAGGCAAAAAUGUUACAUUUUAGUUAAACAAGCUGGGGAGAGGGGUUCUGUAAAACAAUCUAUGUUGUAUACAAUUGAAAUGUUUUUAGAAUUUCGUAAAAUAAAUACAGUUAUAAAUGGCAUACUUUUAAAACAUGCAAGUUAAUUGUAUUUUAAGUUUUAAUUUUCUAAUUUCAUUAAGCCUGCAUCACGGUGUCUUUUAGGCCAAAAGGCGAGACUGUUAUGAAUCCCUUUUACGCAGAUAGCAAAGAAUCUUUAUCAGGAAGGAAUUCCUUAAUCUUGUCAUACAAGGUCUGCUAACACCACAAGCCUUCCAUAAGCAGACAGAUUAGUUAAGGCAAUAAAGUCACAUUUUAAGAGGAAGACGCAUAGUUUACCAGGAUGAUGAUUUUUAAAAGUAGCAGAGAUAGGUAUGUUAGAUUUUUUUGGGUUUUUUUUUUCUUGUAUUUCUUCUUGAUAAGAUUUACAAACAGACAUUUUCCAGUUUUCACAAAAGACUACAGACAAACUAUGGUAAAUUUAUAAAAGUGACACCAACUCAAAAGUUGUGUGAAGUUCUAAAAGUGGUGCAGAUGUCAUGAAACCAAUAAACUUAUAAGGAAAAUCUUAGGAUUGUUCCACAUUUAGAUCUUUCCGUUGGUUUCCAUGAUUUGACAGGGCAAUCUAGAUGGAUGUUUGUACUGUGCAUCUUCAUUUACUCUAUUCUCUUCCCAUAUUCCAUGCAGAGCUCUCUGGCAGAGACACUGGAUAGCACUGGAAGCUUUGAACGUCAGCGGAUGGAUAUGAUUUACACAGUGGAGGAUGUUCCUCCCUGGUACCUGUGCAUCUUCCUGGGGUUACAGGUAAGUAAAGCUCCCUGGAGAUAUAAAAGAAAUAUUAGUUGCUGUCCCAUACUGCUUUGUCUCACUUUCUUCUUCUAACAUUGUCUAAGCUCACCAUAUUAUUCAUCCUGGAGCAGUGUUGAAUGUCUUGCUGUUCAGUUUACUCUGAGGACAUUGAACAUACAGGAUGGUCCGUGUCAGUAUUUGAUCUGCUUGUCAUGUUGAUAUGGGAAGGCAAUGGCAAACUUCGGUAUCCAGAUUUUGAUAAUGACGUUUUCAAGAUGUUCCAUCACCCAUUUGAACUUUCAGCCAACCAAGUGCACGUUACAUUCUGAUUAGUUUGGCUUUGUGAGCCCCAUGGAAAUCGAUAUGCAAUUACAGUACCAUUAGUUAGCAAUGAAUUGUUUGAGCUGGCAAUGCUUUAAAUAUUAAGCAAAUAAAAUGUCAGGCAAUGUUUUAUUUAUAUAUAUGUAUAUAUUUUACAUUUAAACAGAUUAAAUACAAACCUGUUUAACCCCUUUCUUGGCCAUGAAAAGUAAGGCAUUCUAAAAUCAGUCUGGUCACAUGCAUGCAGGCUAGAUUUGCUGCUGCCUGAAAAAAAAGUGUAAAUGAGGCACAUUUUACAUAACUAAAUAGGAAAUAAAUGCAGUGUUUGGCUAGUUAAAGUAGAGUGCCUUUCUAAUGUUGUAUUGACAAUCGGUACUUUUUCCUUUUCACCACUUGUUAAAUAAUCACAAUACCUGUACUCUGACUGCUUGAUAUAAUGUCAUAUCUUUCCAUAAUUCGUUUCCCUGCAUGCCUAUGGAGGGAGUGGGAGAUUAGAUCCACAAAAUAAGUGAUUCUUUGCCAGGUGAUACAUGACAUCAGUCACAGCAAAAUUGAAGUCUUGCUAAUUAUUAAUCCGCAAGUUCAAGGUACGGUAUGAUUAAAUAUCACUGACCACUUGUGUGCUUUAUAAAGGUUUUAUAGACUAAUCUUUGAUCCUCACACAUACAGGGGAUAUUUGUGUGUGUAUUGUGUAGUUAGUUGGAGUGAUGUACGUAAUAACCUUAUUUUAUGUUCAUCCUCAUAAGGAAGUCAAAGAACAAGAAAAGUUUAAGAUAAUGAUCUAGUGAUGUUCUUCUUCGAAGCUGGAGAUUGCCAGAAUUGCUUAACUAUGUAGAAUAUAUUUUUCCACCAACAAAUUUUGUUUUAGAAAAACUUAGAUGUGACAGGUGCCACCUCAGAGUAAACUUGUCAUCUUUGCAGUUCUUAUUAAUAACUGCAGUUAUCAUAAGAGAAAGUCGAGAAAUCAACUUAAAGGAAUACAGAAAAAGUAGAAAAGAGAACAGAGUAACAGAAAUAAAGUAGUAAGGGGAAUUAAAAAGCUUGAAUCAUAAAAUCCAACAGCUCAUCUAUUAUUCCAAACUAUUAGUGCUGUUCUGUUGUCAAUACACCUUAAAGUCUGCAGUCUAAAACACACCUGCUGUAUCUCCACACAAAUCAGUGCAUAGCAUCAUUUUUAUAGCCUCUGGGAUCUUAUGUGGUAUGUUAGCUGAUAUAGUUCAUAUCCGUUUUCAGUUUAAGUAUCUUUAAGCAAACUCUACCCUGUUUUUUUUCCAUCUACUUCUAACAGCACUACCUGACAUGUUUCAGUGGUACUGUGGCUGUCCCAUUCCUGCUAGCAGAAGCCAUGUGUGUUGGGUUUGACCAGUGGGCCACUAGCCAACUUAUUGGGACCAUUUUCUUCUGUGUUGGAAUCACUACUCUACUUCAGACAACAUUUGGGUGCAGGUGAGUAGGAUGUGUAAAGUAAAGCCAGUUAAAAUAGGCUUUUUAAUAGUUUAUCCUCUGUGUGUACCUACUCCGUUUAAGUAAAAUGGCAAAAAGUAAUUUUUUUAUGAAAUUAAGCACGUUGGGAGAGGAAAAAUUCCACCAUGUGCUUUUUUUUUUUUAUGUAGAAAAGUGUGUGCUGCGCUUGUAUAAGAAAAUUAUUUCAAAAUCACUUAAAAUACCUUAAGGGAAUAUCUGACUGAAAGUCUGUAAUAUGUAUAAUAUUGGCCUCAUGAUAACGGCUAUAAUUCCUGGUGUUAAAGAACAUGGUGCUUAAUAAAUCUUGAUCUAUUGUUAAUAGUCAAAAAGGUCUUAAUUUCUAUAAAUAUAGAUCACAUUGGCACAAGCUACUCCUUGCUAUAUACAGUAUAUGUUACAAAUAGUUACUCUGGAAUAGUUUGGACUGAUAUGUUGACCCCUGAAAUAACUAAAUCAAUUUCAUUAAAUCCAAAAUUCCUGUGGGUUAAUUGGGUGCCUGGACCAAUACCUGCCUCUACUGCAUCUGGCAAGGAGGAGGCCAAGUAUAAUCAGAUAUGGAACAUCAAAUGACCAACUCCUUCCUUCCCCCCCCAAAGAUUGUCUAGAGGGAUUCUGUUAAAAAAAAAAAAAAAAAGUACUAGGGGAUACCCAUUGCCUCAUACACUGUCUGAGUGCUCCCUAUUUAUUCCUAGUGUGCAGGACUUAAGAUUUGUCUUACUUACUGGCCUUUAUCAAUGUAUACGCAUAUAGAAUACAUGGUUGUAGGGGGCAGGGCCUGACAGCCGACCAAGAUAAUCACAAGUGGCUGGGACAACUCAGGGAAAAUCUCUUACUAAACCUAAUCCUUGACCUAAACAUACUAAUUUUGGAAAAUAUCCAGCUUAUUCUCCUGUGCAAUAGUCUGCCAAGUCUUUGGACGUCGUUUUCCUGGAUCCACCAGGCAUAGCCCAUGCUAGGCUUCUCUGCAACCUGCAGACCUACUUGAGUUGGGGGAGGCGGCCAGUCCUCUGCCCUGGUUUGAGAUGUCUUGUUCCCCACCUUUUGACUGGCGGGGGAUAUCAUGGUCCAAACAAGUGAAAUCUAGUGGUCUCCUUUGCGAGGCAUUGAAAUUAAGUGAUUUGAAGGGUUUAAGCCUAUUUCUCAAGAUUGCUGACACAAAAGGGCCUGCUGCUUCACAGGCCUUCCCAGAGCCACCUUCUCCUGUGGACCUGCUUCUUCAAGCUUUCGACCACCUAUGUGCUCAAUUUUGGGCAUAAUUAAUUUCGAACACUCCCAUAUGCCGAGCAAAGACCUCCCAGAACCCGCUGGCAGGCACCACACAGCAAGUUUUCUUCCGUGCACAGACCAACACGGCAUCGCUGAGGUUUUACCAUAUAUUUCUACAUUUAAUAUGCUUCAAAUCCUCUACAGUCGUAAUCAAAAUUAUUCAACCCCUAUUGAAAAUCAGGGUUAUUGUCAAAAUUUACAGACUUUAGCUGUUUGCAAUGAACAAAGCAAACAAAAGCAGUUGAAGUAGCACAACACAACAAAUGCUUCAAGUGUUUCCCCAAAUGCAACUCAAAAUGCAGCUUAUGAUCACUUCUCCAGAUCAAAUUCAAAUAGCACACUGGAUGCACACAGCCUGUUCUUUCAAGUAUCUGUAUGUUGUUAGACUCCAAUCUAUCCUUUGGCCACCACAUUGAAAAACGCUCUUCAAAACUUUACCCAAAACUAGGUGCCCUGUACAGAAACAAAUCCUGCCUAAGCCCUACAGUAAUAAAACAGAUUGUGCAACACUAAUGCCGGCCAUUGAAUAUGGGGAUGUAGCAUAUGCACCUGCGCCGCAAACCCACCUUCAUAAACUUGUUAAUAACUCAUUCUGCUGUUUGUUUGUUUUUUGCUGCAAUGUAAUUACAUAACCCACCAUUGUGACAUUUUACAAGAGCUAAACUGGCUAUCACUGGAAUCCAGACGCAUCCUUCAUCUUUCCAGCCCUGUUUUAACCCCUUAAGGACUGAGCCAGUUGUACAAGUUGUGAUCAAAACGUAAACAAAACCUGGCAUCUGCGCUAUGUCAGUCCAAUCGUCAUUCACCUCUUUCAUAUUAAAUGCACCCACACUUAUUAUAUAUCAUUUUGUUCAGGAAAAACAGGAAUUUCACGUCACAUCAAAUAUUUACAUAGUAAACAUAAUUUAAUAUGAAUAAAAUGUAAAAAAUUCAUAUUUUUUUUUUUUUUUAUAUUUGUUUAGUACUGCAUGGCAUUUUAACUGUGAAUGUCAUCAUACUGUUAGCUGCAAUAAAUUGCACAUAUUUGUAUUCAGUGAAGUCUCACAAGUCAAAUAGUACCCCCCAAGUACAGGUUUUAUAGUGUUUUGGAAAGUUACAUGUUCAAAUUUAGCACAUUACAUUUUUUAGUUUAUAAACAUUAAAAUUUGCAAGACUGGUUAUGUUGCCUUUGAGACCGUAUGGUAGCCCAGGAAUGAAAAUUACCACCAUGAUAGUAUACCAUUUGCAAAAGUAGACAACCAACGGUAUUAAAUGGGGUAUGUCCAUUCUUUUUUAGUGGUCAUAAACACUGGCCAAAGUUAGCAUUCUAAUUUGUAUGUGUGUGAAAAAUGCAAAAAACUGAUUUGAACGAUAAAUUUGGCCUGUGUUUGUGACUAAAUGGCUACUAAAAAAGAUUGGAUAUACCUCAUUUGCAAUAACUUGGGCUGUCUACUUUUGCAAAUGGUAUGCCAUCAUGGGGGUAAUUCAUUUCUGGGCUACCAUACGGUCUCAAAGGCAACAUAACAAAUCUGACGAAUUUUAAUGUGAAAAAAUGGAAACACCAAGUGAAAACACCAUAAGACCUGUACAUGGUGGGUACGGUUAUACUCAAGAGACUUCGCUGAACACAAAUAUUAGUGUUUCCAAACAUUACAACUUAUCACAACAAUUAUAUAGUUAGUGAAAGUGCAGUUUGUGUGUGAAAAAUGCAAACAAAAAACUUGUGAUAUGUUUUACAGUUUUGAAAUACUAAUAUUUGUGUUCAGCGAAGUCUCCUGAGUAAAACAGUACCCCCCUAUGCACAGGUUUUAUGGUGUCUUGGAAAGUUACAGGGUAAAAUAUAGGGCUUGCGAACCAUAUUCUCUGGACUUUCUGCCUGUGUCAGGCAAGUCCCUCAAAUCUUAAUGAAAUGACUUGAUCAUGUAAAAAUAUUAUAUAUAAUAAAUAUAUAUAGAUUGUGUGUGUGUGUAUAUAUAUUUUUUUUGUAAUAUUUUUAUUUAUAUAUAUAGAUAUAUAUUUACGUAUUUAUAACGGUAUUCUAAAUGUAUUUUGAUUUAAAUAUGUAGAUUAAUAUCAAAAUACAGUUAGAGCAAAAGUAUACAGGUAUAAAAUUUUUGUAAAAUUUAAUUUUAUAAUUUUUAAAAUUUUUGUUUAUAGAUUAUAUUUUUUUUAUAUAUAUAUAUUAAAAAUAGCCCAUAAUAUAAAUAUGGGCUAGCACUCACAGUCUUUUGGAGUAAAAUCAAUUCUUUAUUAUUUGUUUUGUUGAUCCUGAUGAAAGCUCAGAACUUGGGCUGAAACAUCGAUUUUUAAAAAUUCUUCAAUAAAGAAUUGAUUUUACUCCAAAAGACCGUGAGUGCUAGCCCAUAUUUAUAUUUUGUAUUUUUGAUUGUGGCUAAAUUCAUGCACCCGGCAACAAUAUAUUGCAUUAUUUGCUGGAUAUAUCUGAGUGCAAGGACUGGACUGUCUUGUGUGUGUGUGUGUAUAUAUUUAUUUAACGUCAUUGUAAGUGUAUUUUAAUAUGAAUAUAUAUAAUUUUGUGUAUGUGUAUAUAAAAGGACUCCGCGAUCACAUGGCCCUGGAGGGCCGGAUCGUGCAGAAGGGGGCUGCCUGAGCUCCCACACAGACAGCCCCCGGAUCGCGACAGCCGGCGGGGACCCUGUAAGUCCCCUGGACGGCGGGGACAUUCUAUGCCGCCCACCGGCUAAUAGGAAUGCCCAAAAAAGGACGCCAUAGAACACCCGCCAUCCUUAAGGGGUAGAGAGCUUUUUUGAAAAGCAUGCACCCUAUCUAAGUAGAAUGCUCUUCCCAGCUGUUCCCACCUCCUAUAACCUACGAUCCAGUACUAGCACGAUAUUUAGCCUACCGCAAUACAAAAAUAAAGCGACUAGAUUCUCAUUUUCAUACAGAGCAGCGCAAUUGUGGAAUAACCUCACGGACACAGUCUAAUCUUCAUUCAAUCUAAAAUCUUUUAAGAGAUCGCUGUCAACAUACUUCAAUACAGAAUGCACCUGGUUGAAUGUGUGUGUGUGUGUGUGUGUGUGUGUGUGUGUGUGUGUAUAUAUAUAUAUAUAUAUAUAUUAUAAUUAUUUUUUUAUGUGUGCAUUAUACAUCACAUUGGUAUAGAUAACAGUGCUUAAUAAGAGGAUAAUUGACAAACAUGUCUGCUUGAACAUUAUGCACAAUUUUUAAAGAAAAUGUCAGGCUAGUAACAUGAAUACUAACACGAUGCAUUUCCCAGGAGGCCCCUAGCAGGAUUCAUAGUAAGAAGAUUGAGAAUGAGAGAAGAAACGUUAGGACAGGAUGCUUAUAAAACAGACAGUGCUUCUUCCACAGAAACCAGAGGGUUCCUCAUUAUUAUCAAGGGAGAGAGCAUAAUGAUUGGCCCAGAACUCUUCCCCAUACAGUCCGAGUGGUCAAACUAUCCUAUGCCGACCAAGGGCAUAGCAGAGUCCUAUGAUCUAGGGUAAGAGGGCAGGCCCCUGUUCCCCAGAGGGAGCUAGCAAACUAAGCCAGGUGAGAUAGGAGGGGGUUCCGCCAGUCUGAGUCCCCUUGGCAGGUCGCAGCGGUGCCUUCUUGCUUGUCGCUGUAUGUGUGUGUUUCCCGAUCCACUGCCUUGUAGCAGCCCAAAGCACCGCUGAUGCUGUGAGUUUCUGCUUUAGGUUAGGUGUUGGCUUCAGAGGUGGGUGGACACAUGGUUGGCUCAGGACAGGUUGGUGUAUCUUCUGCUCUAGUUUGAGCCAAAAAUUGUGGAAGAUGCUGUCCAGCCUGCAGAAGAUGUCUAGAUUCCCCCCUGUGGUGCUGGGAGCCCACGUGUCUUCCGCCAUUUUAGUUGUGAGACCAGAGUUUACAGCAUCAGUCUCUCCGUGCUUCUAACAGGUCAGGUUAGCCUCCUAGGAGUGGACCGGGGGAGUGGCAGAUCCGCUUCGUUGAUUGUAGUGGGGAGAGCGGCCGCAUCUCUCCAGCUCCCGUGCCCAUAGGCCAUACUGAUUUGUUGCCGGCUUCCGGUAGCCGAGUAAGUUGGGUAAAAUAUCUCCCGAGUCAUCAGUACACUCCCAGUGCGAUGGGUUCACAGUGGAGUGGUUUCAAGCUUGGAGACUGGGGUCAUCUCUGCAUUUGUAGCAGAAAAUGCAUGAGCCUGCACAGUAUGCUUCAGCAUGGCUUGGCGGCCAGGCCCCACCCCAUGGUUGAAUAUAUAUAUAUAUAUAUAUAUAUAUAUAUAUAUAUAUAUAUAUAUAUAUAUAUAUAUUGCAUAGGUACAGUAGAUAUAAAAAAAUACAAUAUAUAUUAUACACACACACACGUAUAAAUGGAACACAGAACAGGUAAUAUAUAUAUUACCUGUUCUGUGUUCCAUUUAUACGUGUGUGUGUGUGUAUAAUAUAUAUGUAUAUUGUAUUUUUUUAUAUCUACUGUACCUAUGCAGUGUUUUGUGGGCCCAGGGCAUACUUGAACACAAGAUAAAUCUCAGUGUAGCCUUCCUGGUAAACUAUUUUCUAAAUAAAUGUUCAUACUACUGCUGUGUCUAUUGGGUCUACUGUAUGUAUGUGCACAACUAAAAUAAAGAUUUAUAAAAUACAUUAUAGUUAUUUAAAAUUCUAAAUAUGCGUGUAGACUAUUUUUCCUCUCUUAGUCUCAUAAGCACCAUCUAGAGAAGAAUUUGUGAAAUAGGCAAGAGGGUGUGUUUGGAUUUUAGUUUCUUUCAAUAAAAUAUAUCAUGUUUGCAGUUUGGUUGAGUCCUAUGCACUACUUGAAUUAAAGAGUUAACCAGCUUAACCUUUUUUAAUCCUUUUACAAUGAUCAGUAGUGCAAUUACUUUGAAAACAUAGCUGUAUCAUAAAUGUAAGCAUAUAACAAUGGUUUGUCUUGCAGAGGUACAAACACUAAAUUCCCAUAUUUAAUACCUGGCUUAAAUAUUUGCUGAACUAUCUGUUCUUUCUCACCGAGGAUAGGCAAGAUUAUUUUCUUAAUUUGGGGUCUGCUUCUCGUUUUUUGUUUUUUUUUUAAUUCACAAGCUUAAUUCUGUUUUGGUGCAUAGAUCAUUGGCCAAUUCUCUGCCAUUUAGGAGUUAAAUCACUGUUUAUGCAGCCAUAGCAGCCUCCAUGAAAAAUAUAAAGUAACAUUUUUACAGCACAAUGGUGUUUUUAUGUAUGUAUUUAUUAAUGCCUGCUUUGUUAAUUAAACUUUAAACACAUGCAGGAGGCUGUUAUAGGCUCUACAAAGUAUAUAAUUUUGCAAAGUCACUCUAUAACAUGAAGGACCCAGCAGUCCGUUAACAGAGCAAGAGAUAUUGUAUUCUAAAUGAACACACUGUGCAAUAAGGGAUUGUUUAAAAAAUAUUAUAUAUAUAUAUAUAUAUAUAUAUAUAUAUAUAUAUAUAUAAUAUUUUUAGAUUUUUUUACUCUUCUUGGUGAAUAUUUGCCAGCAAAAGCACAUGAUAUGCCACGUGUAAAGUCUGCACAGAGUUUUCUUCUUUAGACUUGCCCGAUGCUUAAGACACAGCAACCACCUAAUUUGUGACUUUCAUCAUUUUAGGUUUGUGUUUUUUAUUUUUUUAUCAUUAUUAUUUAUUAUAUUAUGUUUCCUAAUCAAAUUGGUAGUAGUUUACUUUGAAGAACUGUGACAUACCACGCCGAUACAUUCAAAUAUUAUAGAGUUUGUCUUUACAUGGACUGUGUCAUCCACAAAACAUGUGUGUAACAAAGUUUUCUUCAGUUCAAGAAAGUUGAACUAUGCAAUGUGAUAAAUCACAAGAUGGUGUGUAAAUUAAAGGUUCAACAUUUUGGAAGAUCAGUUGAAAAUUUAGGGGCCAUAUAUGUAGUUUGGCUUUCAACACAGACACUGAAGACAGGAUAUCCUGAAGCAAAAUUUCAUACAUUUGUUAGUGUUCUCACUAGCUUUUUGUAUAAAUGGAGUUAGUUAAAUGAAUACUCUACGUACCAUAAACGCUGCAGUGUGCAAAUGAAUAAUGUACUUGGUUUGGUAUGCUAGUACUUUAGGAUAUAUCACUGCAGACUAGAAGUACUGCUGGUGCCUGACAGAGCAAAUAAAUAGUUUAAUAGUUUAGCAGGAGAUGGUGCCAGGGCUCCUGGUACUGUAACAACUACAGUGAGCUGUCAUGGUUUAUAGUGCUUAAUAUAUGUGUUUAAUGACUUUUUCCUGUCCUAUAUGUUCCGCAAUCACAAAAAGCAUUUUUAGAAACCAAUGAUAGAACACAAUUGGCAUUCAAUGCUGUAUUAUUAUUAGCUUCCUGGUGUUUUUAGCUAUUCUUACUACUAUUAGAAUUUAAUCCACGAUCACUAAACAACUAAUAUCAACAUCUUGCAUGUUAGAAAAUGUAGGAAUCUAGUGCAAGUUUGAUGUUUCACAUGCUGGCUAUUUCCCCUUUUCUAUGAAUAAACCUAUAUUCUCUUGUUCUGCAUUUACAGGUUACCCUUAUUCCAGGCAAGCGCAUUUGCUUUCUUAGCGCCAGCUCGUGCUAUCCUAUCCCUUGAGAAGUGGAAAUGUAAUGCUACAGGUAAAUAUCCCUCUAUUUUCUGCCCACUGAAGUUUCAGUCGUUUGAAGGAUCCUAAUGCCGUUCACGUGAGUCCCUCCUAUCUUUUGUUUUCUCGGGCGUGUUUCUCGCUGGGAAAGCAUAAGUUUGGAAAGUAAGUGGCGUGAGACUGAGUCUGGAUUAUUUUUCUUGUUGGCAGGCUGCUAAUCCCUUCUGCCCCGGGGUGGAGGUGGAGGCACUUUUAAUAAAGAAUGUACAUAAUCUCCAACACUCCACACGCUUUAACCCUCUAUAUGUAAUUCCCAACAAGCAUUAACCUGUUGAGUUUAAGUGGUGCGGGGUAAUUUUCCACUGUUAUUCGUGGAGUUAAAUCUGCAAUUUCAUCGUGAUACAUAGAUUCACAGUAGAUAAUUAAUUGCCCAUUUAGUGUUAUCAUUAUUACAUUUAUGACUGGUUUUGCUUUAGGAAAUUCAUUUUGUGUGAUAGCCAUUAUUAGUUCUUCCCAUGGAGGACUGUUCCAGGUAUCUACUACUAGUUUUUUGUAAAGUAUUUCUUUCACAUUAGCCAUCCUGAAAUUAUGUUCUCAUAUCUCUAGCAGGAAUAAGUGCUAGGAUAACCAGGGGUCAACUCCUGGGGAAAAAAGUGUAGGAACUCACCCAAGAUCCAAACCCUCUCUCCCCAAAAGAAAAUUAUAUUACUUAUAUGUAUAUAUAAACGGGCGCACGCACACACUCACAGAUGCACUCCAUCAGGUGCCCCCCCAUGACAGGGAGAACAUAGGGACAUUUGGGGGUGGCACUUUUUGCCGUCCCCUGGUUAGUGCCUGCAGGAGCAACGAAAACAGCGUUCCUGCUGUGAAAAAAUUGCUCUAGCCCUGAGGAUACCAGAUUUUAUUUUGAAUGUGGGUUCAGGCAAUUUACAUGAUGGAGGGCAGACUGUAAGCUGUGAUAACGAAAUACAACUCGUGCUUACUGGAUGAUUUAAAUUAUACACAAGAACAAAAGCCAGUCUUUGUGAAGAGACCUGCAGUCUUGCAAGGUCUAAAGUAUUAAUACAGCAGGUAAAAGCUUGAAGGAGAAGGAAACUUUACUUUGUUUCUAAGCUAAAUUAUCUAAACACUAAAAUCUUUCAUGUAGGUUAUCAGGAACUCUGGGGCUCUGAUUUAACUUUUCUAAGAGAUAGUAACUGUAAACUUGGUAAAUCCAGUAAUUAUCCCAUUUUCCCUGUAACCACUUGAUUAAAACAGAUUGGAGGAGUUCAGUUUAAUUGCCUUUGUUUUUAUGGGGAAACACUGCCUGUUAAAAGCAAAAGGCAGGGGAGGAGAAGGUUUGCAACAAAAAAAGUUCUUGGGGUGAAAUUUUUUUGCAACCCACAAGUUACAUAUUAAGCGGUCUACAGAUCGCAGAAUAAAACCUGACAAUGUGGUGCAGCAUUUUCUUGUUGGAAAUGGAGUAAGUGUUAUUAUUUCUCUGAUUUAGAACAGCUAAAGCAUAAUAAACAUGUAGGCACUACACGCACAAAAGAAAAUUCAUUCUGUGCGGUUUCAGGAAAUAUUUUUUUCUAUUUCUCAUGCCAAUAGGUCAUUUUAGCGAGGCUGCCUUGUGUGCUUAACAAUUGGAUGAAAAGGCCGUUUCACAAAAAAACAGGAUGUUUACUGAAUUCACAUGCCUUGUUUAUAUGAUGAUUAACCCACCACGUGCUUUCCAGUCAAGCGAUUAAUGUAAAAGUUAUCCAACUUUUUCUUUCCAAAAUACUAGCUGUAAUCAAAUUAAAAUUAUUUCAUAUGUAGUGCAAAUUCUCCCCAAUCCCAGACAUUUUUUGAGUAUGUAUGUGUAGGAAUCCUUAUAAACCAAGGUUUAGUAAUACUUGCAGUAUCCAAAAAUCUGCUUACAAAACGGUGCUUGGGUAUUUUCCGCUUUCCUCUUAUUUAACAUAUAUCAUGCUUUCUUUAGUGAAGAAUUUUGUAACAGGUUAUUUGCUCAUUUGCCUCUCUUUAUCUCUGUUCUUUUCUCUAUCUCAGGGGUUUAUGUGGCCCAUGGCUACCUAUGCGAGAGUAGGGAGGUCUGCAUUGCUUUGGCAUAUCAGGGCUGUUACUGCAUGCUAAUUUGCUAUAGAGCUUGGCUGGCUGGGGAACAAUGUUUGCCGUUCAGUGUGCCCCUAUUAGCUUAGUAAAGUUCUGCCGUUUUGCAGUCAUACCAUAACUUCAGUGAUGAGUCUGGCUGGUGCACACAGAUCAGGGAAGCAAACUCCACCAAGGGCUCAGCCAUGUAACAGGUGCUGGGUGGGAAUGUAUAUUAUGCUUGUGUGUGUAUGUAAUUGUAUAGCUGUGUGUGUAUGGAAGUAAUGAUUUGUGUACAGAUCUCUUCAUUCAUAGAAGGUAACUUGGCCUGUGGUCCAAAAAUAAAUGAUCUUUAAUGCUUGUGCUCUUCCUACUAAAGCUGAGAAUUGUAAUUUGCUACGAUUAGUUUACCUUGCCUUGUUUUUUAUAGAUUUAUCCAUCACCAACGGAACUGAGCUGUUAAACACAGAAGACAUAUGGUAUCCAAGGAUACGAGAGGUAUGUUGCUCAUUAAUAGGUCAACACUUUCCCCAUCUGGCAUCAGCUCCCAAAACUGAUUUCUGGAGAUUCUCUGUAGUGUCAGAAUACUGGAAAAGAAGUAAAGCUGUUAAUCAUUUAUCUUUGAUGCAAAAAGCAAUAUGCUUGAAGGGACACUAUAGUCACAGAACAGUUUAUUGUAUUUGUUCUGGUGGGUAUAAUCAUUCCCUUCUGGCUUUUUCAGAGAAAAAGCAGUGUUUACAUUACAGCUAAGGGAUACAUCCACUGGACACUCCUCAGAUGGCUACUAGAGGUGCUUACUGUGGCAGUGCUGCACAUUGUGCAUCGCUGCCAUUCAGUGUCUACACCCUAUGCAUGGAGACACUGAACUUUCCUCAUAGAGAGGCAUUGGUUCAAUGCAUUUUUAUGAAGAGAUACUGAUCAACCAGGGCUGUGUUUUGCUUGUGCUGGCUCUGCCAAUCCAAUGCUUUCCUGUGAAAGCAUUGUGAUUGGCUACGAUAAUCACUUUUGAUAAUGUCAGCUAAGCAGGCAGAUCAGGGAUAGAGCCAGCAGCAGCAGACUACAAUAAAGGUAAGAUUUAGCUAUAUUUAGGGGGGCCCGAUGGUUUUAACGCUUUAGGGUCAGGAAUACAUGUUUGUGCUCCUUUAAGUGAUAUGAGUAAACUUUAAGCUGUUGAAGUACCAUAACAACUUUACAUAAUUGCAACUGUAAUCGUUCAGGGCGUAUCCUGCACCAUUCCUUCCUUCUUGGAGUAUUAUCUUGCUGAAAAGUGUAUUGGGAAUAAUGCCACCAGGGAGACAAAGGCAUUAUUUGAUAAAUACUUAUAUAUGACUACUGAUAUGGAAAAAUCAACCAAUAAAUUGAUUAUUUCUUUGUGUAUCUGCCCCUGGCCAAAUUAAUGAAACAAUGCGUGCACGCUCCCUGAAGUAAUUCACACCAGACACAGGUUCCAGGUUGUUGAAUAACUUGAGGAAAGUUUAUUCAGAGGGGACGGCAAUUCCCUUUUAAAGCAAAAUUACAUCAUAGGUACUGUCAGAGAUAACAUGGAAUAAUACAUCAAUAAUUGGUUAGGUGUUAAGUGGUCUUCCUAAUGCUCUGCCUACUAAGGGUGAUGUCACUGGGACCAUGAGGGUCUCCCACGGUUUCCCGGCGCCAUCUUGCUGCACGAGGUAGUUAGUCGAUGUUAUUGGGGAGGAGGGGUUAGAAGCCAUCUUGACUAAAUAUGCGUGUAUAGCUUAUAUACUGUUUUUUGUGAGAUGAGUAAAUAGACAUUUUACUAACUAGGAAAUAUAUCAAGACCUUAUUUCCACAACAACUCCUGACCAUGUGUGGUUCAAGAGCAGAGAUGUACUGGGGUUUAAAUUUAUAAUCCAAAUAAGAAAUUAAAUCUAAAAAGACAAUAUAAAUGUUUGGUUAUGGUUAUUCCUAGUCUACUGCUUGACUCAUAUUAUUGAAUAAAGCCUGCUGUGUUUGUUUUUUCUGGCCUGGCAAGAAUUUGCUAUACUUUUUUUUUUUUAACAGCAUACAGUUGGUGGUACAAACAUUGAGUUGUGUACCUUUUAAAAAUAAGUCAUUGGCAUGCUUGGCGUUAUAGAAUACCUUGGGCUCUAUUCUGGUGACUUAAUGUUGAGCGGCUCUAACUUAACAUUGGUGGUGGUCAUUUUGAAGUAGUGUUCAGAUAAAAAUAUAUUUUUGGAUGAAACAGACAUAUCCUCGGAUUUUGAAUGGUUCCUGUCUAUGUAGAGGGAACAACGCAGUACCAAAGGAUUACCCCCCGCCCCCGACUUCUUCUGUAUUUAAAAUGGCUACAAAGAAAGAUUGUAAUGGUGACAACAAAGCCAAGAGAAAGAAGGUUAAAUAUAUAGAGAAAUCUAAAGAAGAUAAAAAACAAGCUUCAUUAUAUUCACAGAGUACUACUAAGAACCUUCUGAUGGACGUAUCACUAAAUACUACUGAUACCUCAAUUAUGGUCGGAGAAAGAGACGCUGAAAAAUCAAUAUUAGAAAAUCUAGUUUAACCUGAUUCACAGGCUAUAACUAUGGAUUCCUUAAUACUAAAGGAACACUAAAGAAAUAACCUCAGAAGUAAAACAUCUGGAAUACAAAAUUUAAAAAAAAUUAAAUUCACCUGAUGCAAUUCCAAACAAAGCCGAAUAGAGCAGAGAGAACUAUUGACUCUGAAUUCCAAACUCAAAUUGUUAGAAACAAAUCUGGAAGAAAGGCAAAGAAGGAUAAAUGUGCGGAUAAGAGGCAUUACUGAAGAUAUACCCCAGCAAGAUCUGGAAGCUUAUAUUACUUAAAUUUGUGUCGCUCUAAAAAUUGAAGGUCAAAAUCAAGAUAUUCUGUUCGAACGUAUACACUGAAUCCAGACACAAAACGGUAUUUCUGACCGCAUUCCCAGAGAUACUAUCAUCAAAUUUAAUUCAUAUAAAUUUAAAGAAACAUUCCUGCUUGCUUUUAGGGAUCUGACAACUGCCCUAGAAAAAUUCUGACACCUUAAAUGGUUUCCAGAUCUAUCUAGAACUACAAGAGAAUUCAGAAGAUCUUUCCAUGAAGUCACCACGUCUGAGAUCCAAAAAUAUAAAAUAUCGAUGGGGCUUCCCAGCCAAACUGAUAGUCUUUUUUGAAAAUUCUUCUAUUGUUUCCGAUUCUGUACAAAAGGCAUCACUUUGGCUAAGCAGGAAUUACCCGGUUGAAGGUUUUAGACCGGAUUGAGUUUCCAGGACGGGAGGGAGGAAACUGGUUUAAGGAAAAACAGAACUAAGAUCCUCCUACAAUAUGUUUUGUAUUUUCUUACUGUUUGUUCCAGUCCUCUUUCCACUCCAGUUAUAAUCUGUUUAAGAAAACACUAGAAAGAACAGGGCGCCACAAUCACUAUAUUGGUAUAUAAAAAUAAUGGUAUGAAAAGACGUAUUGAUGAUAAAGCAAAAACAGCAAAAGUUUAUUAAUGAAGAAAUAUAUAAAAAAAAAAAACAGUCAAAGCACAACAUAUGUGCAAGACAUCAAGAGUAUAAAAGCCACAAUGGACAAGGAACCCUUAGGUAUAGCAGUUUUACAGGACAUGAUACUGAGCUGGGCAGUAAAGUGCAAGUGCUAAAGUGCAAGAUGCCUAUAAGAAAAGUGCACUAAGCCAAUCACUUAUACAAGUUUAGUACAAUCAGCCUAAAGUAAAUACUGCAUAAGCAGUAUAUAAAAUCAGCACACAUACAAGAUAAAAACAGCUGAUACCAAAGUACAGGGUCCCAGAUCGUGCUCAACGCGUUUCGUCGUCUGACUUCCUCAGGAGUUUCUUCUCUCUUCAGUCUUCUCCCCUUUUAAAUCUGCCGGUCCAUCCGACCGCCUCCGUGAUCACGCAUGCGCGUGCCCAUGACGCACGCGUGACCGCCACGCGCAUGUGCGACCACGCUGGAACGCAGGAUAACUUUAUUGAUCCUCUACACAGCCGCAAUAUGAACGCUCUACAAACCAGAGCAUUCAAAUCAAUGCAGACCGUGUGUACAAACCUGCCUACCCCCCAGCUGACCCCUAACAUAAAAAUACUACUCACUCAAGCGAAAUAUAAAUAGGACUGGUGGGGAAAAAAGGGUGUGAAAAGAAAGGAGAGUUAAAAAAAAAAAAGGAUCAAAACAAAUAAUUAAAACAAAUAUUUAAAAAUGAGUAGAGCUCUCCUUUCUUUUCACUCCCUUUUUUCCCCAUCAGUCCUAUUUAUAUUUCGCUUGAGUGAGUAGUAUUUUUAUGUUCGGGGUCAGCUGGGGGGUAGGCAUGUUUGUACACACGAUCUGCAUUGAUUUGAAUGCUCUAGUUUGUAGAGCGUUCAUAUUGCGGCUGUGUAGAGGAUCAAUAAAGUUAUCCUGUGUUCCAGCGUGGUCGUGCAUGUGCGUGGCGGUCACGCGUGCGUCAUGACGUAUGACGGCGUGCGUGACGGUGCGCACGCAUGCGUGAUCACGGAAGCGGUCGGAUGGACCGGCAGAUUUAAAAGGGGAGAAAACUGUGAAGAGAGAAGAAACUCCUGAGGAAGUCAGACGACGAAACGCGUUGAGCACGAUCUUGGUCCCUGUACUUUGGUAUCAGCUGUUUUUAUCUUGUAUGUGUGCUGAUUUUAUAUACUGCUUAUGCAGUAUUUACUUUGGGCCGAUUGUACUAAACUUGUAUAAGUGAUUGGCUUAGUGCACUUUUCUUAUAGGCAUCUUGCACUUUAGCACUUGCACUUUACUGCCCAGCUCAGUAUCAUGUCCUGUUAAACUGCUAUACCUAAGGGUUCCUUGCCCAUUGUGGCUUUUAUACUCUUGAUGUCUUGCACAUAUGUUGUGCUGUGACUGUUUUUUUUUUUUGUUUUUGUUUUUUUAUAUUUCUUCAUUAAUAAACUUUUGCUGUUUUUGCUUUUCCAUCAAUAUUUAUUUUCAUACCCUUAUUUUUAUAUACCAAUAUGGUGAUGGUGGCACCCUGUUCUUUCUAGUGUUUUGUUUUUGGUAAUUGGAGUUGGAGUGUCCUCUAUACCGAGGCUUGCCUGCACUUGGUUUUCUGUUACUGUCCACCCACCCACCUUUCCAUUUCUUUCUUUAUAAUCUGUUUAAGGCUUUGUAUCUAGUUAAUUAGCCGAUUAUGCUCUAGAAUUUAUGUUCUAAGGAUUUAUACCUGUUAUAUAGAAAGGAAAGCAGGUUUAUAGUAGGAUACUUGAUGCCCUGUGAGGUAAUUAUUACUUUAGUAUCAUCACCCAAAGGUAUAAACUGAACUAAUUAAAGUAAUGAUUGGUUAUGAAACAGCACAGAGGUUGGAAGGGUGAUACGAAUUUAAGAAUAAACGUCCUUAAAGGCAUAAAAACUUGUAGUUAAAAGAGUGGGAAGAAAAAGAGAAAUAUAGAGGAUGGGAGAAGGAAAUGGAGAGGGGGAGGGAACGCAGGGGAAGGUGAAGGGGAGGAGUGUAAGAGUUAAAAUAUCUUUUUAAGCUAAUUGCUGAUGAUAUUGGAAGCAUAAUGUGUAGAUUAACUUUUAUAUCUUUGUGAAUCCACAUAUGUUGUGUUCUGUCUUGUACUGUCGUGCACUAAUUUCCCCUCAUAUUUCUUGUUUAGAUACAAGGUGCCAUUAUUAUGUCCUCUUUGAUUGAAGUGGUCAUUGGCUUCCUUGGGCUCCCUGGAGCCUUGCUUAGAUAUAUUGGACCCCUGACCAUUACUCCCACUGUUUCGUUGAUUGGCCUCUCUGGGUUCCAGGCUGCUGGGGAGAGAGCAGGCAAGCACUGGGGCAUCGCUAUGCUGUAAGUAUCAAUAUUUGUAUCGGCUCUCAGCUCUUAUAGCUGCAAGUUUGAAAACCUGACUACAACUCUCCUAAAGCAGAUUGUCCCUAAAAAAUGCCUACUUUAAAUGUUAUUCAUUUAUUUAAAUGCUAGGAACACAUUUUAUUUACAUUUUCUGCCUUUUGUUCUUUAAACUUUUUCCUAGCAUGCUGCUGGGUGGCUACUCAUAUCGAUUUCAUUUCUAGAGUUGUUGAGUGCAGGGUACUGCAACGGCAAAGGUCAUUGGAGCUGUAAGCCUAUUCUGUGCUUUUUGUCAAGUGAUAUGCUUAUGCAAAUGUGCUUAACUUGAAUAGGAUCUUCUAUAUUUCUAUGACACCCGUCUGUGGCCUUGUAGAGCAGAGGCAUGCAACCUUCAUCAUUGCAGAUGUUGUGGGCUAUAUUUUGCUAAUGUUCUCACAGCCACAAUGCUGGCAAAGCAUCAAGGGAGACGUAGUCCACAACAUCUGGAAUGCAGAAGAUUGCAUACCCCUGUUGUAGAGCCUCAUUCACGAAUAACCUGAAUAAAGAUGUUUGUCAAGCUCGUUGAAACUCCAAUACAACUUGGUAACUUCAAUGGGUAAAUAAAAAUUUGUAUAGCUACCUCAAGCACCACAUUUAUUUAUUAAUUUGUCUUUUUGUCAAAUGUAGUAAAGCAUUUUUAUGAUUGUGUUUAUUUUAGCAAACUGCUCCCAUUUGGAAACUCCCCUCCCCUGCUGUCCACCAGAAGGUGGAGUACAAGUGUAAAAAAAAAAUUCUAGCCAAAUGUGCCCCUCCAGUCUUCAGCUGCGCUGUAUACAGGUGUUUGUGUGGUUUGCUUCCUGUCCAGUGGUGUGUUGGUUCACUGCAAAUACCCAGCACACUGGCAUGCCUUCUCUAGGAGUCAGCAGUAAAUGUGCUUUGUCAUUAAACUGUUCCCUUUUAUCUCUACUAUUCAGGAAACUUCCUGAUUGCAAGUCAGUGCCUAUUUCUUGCUUAGUAGAUGACAUUUUUAGAUCUUUGCUGCUAUUUCUUGCACUAUGGAGAACUGGAAGAUGUGUUUUUCCUCUUUGAUCAUAAUAGAGAAAGCAAUAAAUUAACCUGUCAGUUACAAAAGAAUGUAACUUACAUGUUUGCUGCCAGUCAAUUAAAUCAAGCACAGUAAGUCUUUUUGUAAAUCCCCAGCACCCUAGGAAUGCAGGAAUUAGAAACCUAGAACAGAUUGUAUGUGUUAAGUUACAGCAAGUAGUAAAAAAAAAUUACCCUUUUCCUCUGUUAAGGAAAUGAUGAGCAUGUACUCAAAUAUUCAUGACAAAUUUGACUAAGAACACAAAUCUGUUCUGUAAACAAACACCCAUACCUAUGGUGACAUGAACUUAGCAACACAAUUCACACAAGCGGGACAGAGUCCUGCUAAUGGUUAUUCAAUAUCAUGUUAUCCUGCUGCUGUGAUUUGGGUUUUAGUAGUUCUUCAGGUUCAUGUUGUGGAUUAAUAAGGGCAUUUCAAUGCUGAUCUUUUCCUAAUCUUGUGUUGCCCUCACUGUCGAGUUUUUUUUUAUUUUACCUAGCUGCUUCCAAGUUCUGUUCCAACUGUGCUUGCUCAUUGCAUGAUUGUUAUUGGCUUCUGUGCAUUUUUCUCUUGAUCUAACAGGAUAUCUGGCCUCCAAAAGAGGGUGAGAGGUUUAUUACUUCCAGGUGUAAAUGAGGAUAUUCAUAUAUUGUAGCUUAUUGUUCACGCCACUUUAGCACCAGCUGUUUCUUGUGGGUUUUUUUUCUUUAUGUAUUUUUUUAUUUUGCCAUUAUUCGUGAAGGUACAUUCUCUUCCUGUGACGUUAAAUACUUUAAUAAAUUAAUAAGUUUGUCUUUGCCGUGAACUCUAUGCCUCGGUAUCCUACCUGUCAUUUUAUGUUUCUAGUUAAUCACCAUAAAUAAUUGUCUCUCCAGUUUGCUCUGUUGGCAAAUGUAAGUUAAUUAAAUCCACCAUAAAAUAACACAAAAUAUCACUGAUUUUGCAUUCAUCAGUCUAGUGCAAUGACAUUCAGAUGCAGUAAACUGGUCAAAUCCUUAAAAGCCUAGAUAAAUAUAGGGGAAAAUGUCAAGAUGCAGCAACUCUAAUUAAAAGCUUUAAAUGUGGGAGCAUGCCAGCAACCCAGACUGGUGGUAGUGGCCAAAAGUAAAAUAGUGACUGUAGCCUUUAUGUGGCGGUUUACUCUGUCUGUGGGUCUAAUAAUGAGGAGUCCUGUGAUACAAUACACUGUCCUUGUUUCGCAUAAAGCUUUAUUUCCUCAUGACAUGACUUCUUGUGGUUGGAGGAAGAGUCAGUGAAAGUAGAAAAGGGAUAAAUGAAGAAAUUAUAUGGGUGGAUCAGUGUAAAAGAGAAAAAAACUAACGAGCUUAGUGAUGGAAGAAAUAAUAAAGUGGCAUAUAGGUGAAGAAAGGAGUAAGGUUGGUGCACAAAGGGCAAAGCGAUAGAUAAUAGGGGUAGAGAAGGGACCAUGCUACAGUACACAUUCAGCACAAACUUGUUUAUAAGCAAGCCUUUCCUAAAAUAGUUUUUAAGCAGAAAAUGAUUUGGGAGCCCCUAGUGCAUGUAAUGUGGCUAAAACAUGUGUACAGUACUGAAACCAGCAUUGGUUUGUUUUUUUGGAUGGGUGGGGUGUUCAUGUAUUGUGCCCUCGGCCAAUGAGCUCCAUCCUGUAUCACCCGUGCUCUAUUCUAUAGACACAUCUGGCUUCUCCUGCAGGAAAAAAAAAUAAGACGUGCCAUGGGCACCCAGGUACAUUGUUUUUAAACCACACUAAACUGGUUCGACUACUUUUCAUAAGACAGUGGCAAUGCACUCCUUGCAAGAAAGCCACCAAACCAAGUCUAAUUUCCACAUUGUCAAUGCAACUGGUUUGUGUUAGGACCUCCAGGGUGCUGCAGAGAGUCCUUUUUUCAUUGAAAUUACUUCUAAACGGAUUGACAUAAAGUUGGGGGAUGAUGCCCAGUGACAAAAUAGCCACUACUCUUAACCAAAGCAAUUAUGUUGCUUAUAGUGUCCCUUUAAGUAAGUGCUUUAUUAAAGGACCACUAUAGUGCCAGGAAAACAUACUCGUUUUCCUGGCACUAUAGUGCCCUGAGGGUGCCCCCACCCUCAGGGUCCCCCUCCCGCCCGGCUCUGGAAGGGGAAAGGGGUAAAAACUUACCUUUUUCCAGCGCUGGGCGGAGAGCUCUCCUCCUCCUCUCCGCCUCCGUUACGCCCCGCCGGCUGAAUGCGCACGCGCGGCAAGAGCUGCGCGCGCAUUCAGCCGGUCUCAUAGGAAAGCAUUUACAAUGCUUUCCUAUGGACGCUGGCGUGCUCUCACUGUGAUUUUCACAUUGAGAAGCACGCAAGCGCCUCUAGUGGCUGUCAAUGAGACAGCCACUAGAGGAUUAGGGGGAAGGCUUAACCCAUUCAUAAUUAUAGCAGUUUCUCUGAAACUGCUAUAAUUAUGAAAAAAUGGGUUAACCCUAGAAGGACCUGGCACCCAGACCACUUCAUUAAGCUGAAGUGGUCUGGGUGCCUAGAGUGGUCCUUUAACCAUUGCUAGCCUUCAAUAUAAACUAUUUGAAGUCUGAAUGUGAAAUAAAAUAUCCUAAACACUGGUUAUUGCGGGAAUGAUAUCCAGGUUUUAUAAUAUUGCAUUAUACUUACUGGUUUAUUCACUAAACCAGAUAUUGUGGAGAACUGCCAUGGCAAUUGCAACUUUUAGGCCAAAAUACACAACAGAAAAUAUAUAAAAUAUAGCUAAUCUUCAGACUUUUUUUUUCUAGUUUGGCUAAUUUGGCCUAUAGCUGUGUUUGCACAAGUUAAACUCUGCGUUUACAGAAUAUUUGCUCUGCUGAGCGGUCUAUUUAAGACUUUAAUCCCUCCUUGACAUAGGAGUUAAACAUUUUCUGAUUCCUGAAUUUGUGUUUUCUCCUCACUGAGCUUUCGGUGACUGUGCCGCUACAGGUCAGAUCUCUUAAACUGCAUUUUAUUUCUUCAACAGAACCAUUUUCCUGGUCCUUCUUUUCUCUCAAUAUGCUAGAAACGUCAAGCUGCCUCUUCCGAUCUAUAAAUCCAAAAAAGGAUGGACAGCAUACAAGUUCCAGCUUUUUAAAAUGUUCCCGGUGAGUUACACUUUAGGGGCAGAUAUUUGAAGACAGUUGUCCAGUUAAGUUCAAACUAUUUUGUCAUAAAUGUUGCCACUCUUGUCAGCCCAAUGUGGACUGUUAAGUUAAUAAAUUAUUCACUAUAAAACAGUGACAUCAAAGUUGUUCAGUUAAAUUUUCUGCUAGCACGUGCCAAAGUGGUAUUAAGACUUCCAGCUGUUUAUAGGUUUAUACAGCACAUAACUAGAGCAAGACAUACAUAAUGUUGUUCUUUUAGAAUAUUUCACUUAUGCCCUUAUUUGUGUUUAAUCCUUUCUACCAAGUACUUUUUUGUUUUAAAAAUUGGAAUAGCCUGCAUAUAAAAGUGCAAAAUGCAACCAUAAUUUUUGUCAUAUACAGUAGAUGUAAGAACAACAAAUGCAUUGGUUAAAUACCCUGUUUAUAAGUAUUUGUAAAAUGCCUAAUGCCAUCAUUCAUAUUAAAGUAAAUAAAAAUGUCUGCAUCAUGACAAUAUACAAUUACUAUAGUUUCAUAGCGUGGUCACAUUUUAGAUUUCCAGUCCCAUAUUUUUGUUGGCCUUAGCAGUCAUUUGCGUGUUCUGUUCUGUCAGUAUAAAGUGGUAGUUUCUUCAAAGAGCUCUAUAGAAGUAGUGAUUGGCCUGCAUGUAAUACACUGUUGCUCCCAUUUUCAGAUCAUUAUGGCUAUCCUUGUUUCCUGGCUGCUUUGCUUUAUCUUUACGGUGACUGAUGUUUUCCCACCGGACAGCACCAAAUAUGGGUAUUAUGCACGGACUGAUGCCAGACAAGGGGUAUUGACUGUGGCCCCGUGGUUUAAGGUGCCUUACCCAUGUAAGUAUUUUUUAUGCUCUCUGCCUUUUGCUUGUUGGAAAGGAUAAAUAUUACACACUGACUUGAAGAGUGUAUUCGUAAAACAAUGCACAUAUAUCUGUAGUUCAGGGAUAAUCCAUAAGAAUGUGCUAAUUACAUAUACCCAAAAGCCAUACGCCAUUAGAUAGAUUUAAUUAUAAACUAGUCAUUGAAAUUGUUGGGGCUUACACACAGUGUGGCUGUUUUUCACAUCUAAACACUCAGAACUCCCCACAAAAAAAAUGAGUUCUAUAGCUUUAUUUAAAUCCUCACUAAAGCCAUUGGGGUGCACAUAGCCUUAUGCUGACUGGGUAGCACACCCUUGAGAUUUUAUUAAAAACUAGUAGAGAUGUAUAGUGUAUACUAGGUGGCCUUAGCUUCUUAGUCUGUAUAUUUUAAAACAACCUCUUACUUGAUAGUCCUAUGUCUUAAUACUCUGUUAAGGCAACACAAAACAAGUUCACCCGUGUCAAAUCUGCAGGCAGAUUUAAUGGAACAAAAAAAAGCAACGUUUCGAACUACUUCAAGGUCUUUUUCAAGCUAGCUAGCUUUGAGUGCCAGGUGAACUUUUUUUUGUGUUGACUUAACGUGAUGGGAUUGCUGGUCCUGCUCUGGAGCCCAGGUGGCUGCUGAGAUUGAGUGUGUGGUUCCUAUAAUCACUUUUUUAAUACUCUGUUCGUCUUGGAUCACAGAGAGGAUUGGUUUUGUUUUGGAAUAUUGGUCCUGGAGAUACAUGAUGAAGUCUGUACUUCUUGUUUAUAUUAACAAGCACUGUUCCACAAUGAAUUGCAUUGGUGGAAAAUUAUGAUCUGUUUCCCAUUCUGCAUAAAGCAAUCCACUAAAAAAUAAAAUAAAAAUUACAAAGCCACAUUUUUAAUCAUGAUAUAGGAGCUGGAGUGAAUCCUCUUGAUUUAAUGAAAAUUCACUAGUGUGAAGAUAUUCCUGUAUUAGGUACAUUUCCCAGCUAAUUGAGAGCAACACAAUGAGAAGACUUUGUAUUACAUUUUUGCUGAAGCAGACACCAAUCCUUGUAGCACUUAUCACUCACUAACAUUACUAAUCAUAAAGAGCCACUAAACAAGUGGUAUUCAAAAACCAGACCAACAUUUGUAAGUGAACUUCAGCCACUGUAAACUUUUGCCAUCCAGAGACACCGCAUCAAAUGCCUUGCAAAGGUAUAUGGGAGGUAAUAUUCUCUGACACUGGGUGGCUGAUACCUGAAUACCCCUGCACUAAACUUUAACUUUAGCUUCCGUUUGAGAAGAAAGUUAUUUUUUAGAAUGCUUUUGGCAUUUUUAAGCCACACGCUGCUUAUUCCAGCUAGAGAUGAAAAUUUAGUAAACAUUUGAAGGCAAUGUUAACUAUAUCUAUUAUGAUUUUAAGUGAAAACAUAAGUUUAAGUCGAUGUGGCCAGCUUGUCCUGUCAGUUGGCAACUACAGCUUCUCAUAAGUGAGCUGUUCAGUACAAGUUAUUUUUUGUUUUGGUUUUAUUUCUCUCUUUAUUAAAAAAAAAAAAUAAAAAAAAAUUCCAAGAGCAUUUAAAAAAAUAUUUCUUUUCUUAUACAAUAGAAGCCAAAGUUAAAUUUCUAAACUUAUUGGGCUUUUUUUUAUUUAGUAUUUUUUUUUUUUUUUUUUUUUAAAUCCAACAAAAUUCAAUCUGUGGUUAUAUUUUGUUUGAUUGUUCCCUGUACAUGAAAUGUAGCAUGUUGUCCUUCACGUACACAAAGCCUGUCUGCAGAGCCCAUGUGGCAGCACAGCAGUGGGGUUAAUGAAUGUGCUUCCUUUAGGUAGCACUCUGUGUACACUGCUCUGACAUUCACCUGUGUGUUUUAUUUACAUAUAUAUAUUUAACCCCUUUCAUACUGGAGGGAACAGCGGCACAUUGAAUGGCAGUGCUUUGCUGCUUCCUCUGGCAGAGAAGGAUCUUUGCUGGAAAAAAAAAAAAAAGGAGAAUUUGCAGACUCGUUCUUUUAGAAAUCAUCUUGUACUUUUCCCAUUGCAGCGUUUAAUAUCCCCCAUUCGUGGCUCGGGAUUUUCACGCAGCCCUUUCCCUCCAUUAGAGCAGUGUACACAGGGAUUUACGUUUCUUGUGUUUACGAACUGUGGUAUCAGGACGCAUCAUUCUAGGAAAAGGAUUCUUGGGUAAAUCAAGGUAACAUUGUGCAUUCCCUCCAUUAUUGUUUAAUGUUCUCCUGGUCACCCAGGGAGAUCUGUUUAAAUAAAAGCACAGUCUAACUUGUUCAUGAAGUGGGAAAAAAAAUAAAAAAUAAUUUUAGUCACUAAACAGCUCUGAUUUUAUUUUUCUUGUAAUAAUCAUGUUUUUAUUUUCAUUGGAAUAAAACAGUCUAUUUUAUACCUAUUUUGUUUUGAAAUCCCUGUUGUGCAUUGGGUUCUAUGCUGUUACUAGUGUUUAUGAUAGUAGAACACACCAUCUUGGGGUAAUACAAAAAAAAUCUAAAGGAUUUAUUUACUAAACUGUGAGUCUUUUGAAAUAACAGCUACUUGACCAGGAUUAAGAGAGGAAAAUGCAGUAAAAUGAGCUUGUAUUUAGUGAGCUCCGCGCAAACCGUAAAUACUGUCUACAAAUUAGAUUUCUGAUACUACUAUCAAGAUAUACAUCAUUACCGGAAAAAAUAACCUAAUAUAUAGCAGCAACUCUCUGCUGUCAUAUGCGUGUUUAUGGACACAUAACAAGAAUCUUUGCUGUCCGUAUCCACUUUGCUUUAGUUUUACCUGUUCUAUAUGUAUGAGACCAUGCUAUAAAUAUGUAUGGUUCAUAUUGCUAGUGAACUCCUCUUGAGGUUUUACUUUGCAAGUUUUAGGAAGAUGUUUACUUGUUAACUCACAAGAACUCACCAUUUAGUGAAUAAGCAUCUUAAUCAAACAAUGUCUGUUGUCUAUUUAAUGUUAAUGAUACUUGAAGUGCAGGUUUUAUACUCCUUCUCCAGCAAUGUUUUAACGCUGUGGAGUUGGGAUAGAUGUAAGGGAUUUGCUUUUAUAUACAGUCAGCUCUUCCCCAGGAAGAUGGGGAUAAUGUACUCCCCAACUCUCUGCUAAAUGGCUUGUCUUAUAAAAGAGUUUACAGUGGUUUCAAGCUUUGGUAGGUUGGUGUAUAAAAGCUUACACUGUCGGCAUAAGUAUUCAUUCUCUAAAGCUUCUCUAAUAUUCAUUGUUGUGCAAUCUUGCAUUUAAAUUAAUUUUGAUGCAUUUGACAUUCACAAUAUUCUUUUGUAUACAUAAUUUACAUUUCAUAGCUUUCUUUGAUCUGCUGACAAUUUGGUCGUUAAAUAUUUGUCUCACCAAGGAAACUGAAAGCUUUUUAUGAAAACAAUAGAUUAUCGUUAACAAGUCAAAUGAUGUAAGACGUUUGCAAGUAUUUAUAUUUAUCCCUCAAGCAGUUCUUGCUUGAAGUCCCUAUUGCAGCAAUUGCAUGGUGAUAUUGAACAGCUUUGCAUAUUUGGAUCUUGAUUCUUGGAUCUUUGUAAGAACAUUAUGAAAGAUGUAGUCCACAUCUGGAGUGGUAAACGUUGCCUACCAUAGACUAGACCAUUAUGGGAUUUAUGGUGUCUUUUUUUCCCGCUUUCAUUAAACUCUUGCAUCUCUACUGCCUAUGCAAAUUGGAGAUUCAAUCCCUGGCACUUUUAUUGUUUAAUCAUUUAGAGCUAAAAAAAGAAGUGAAAACCAAUAUGAUUGGCAAUAAGACUGUUUGUUUCUUCUCCAGCAAUAAGCUACAUGUGUCUCGCCUUUGUUAAAUACAUAGGUAUUCAUAUUAUAGUCAACAUCAUGUAAAUUAAUAUUUUUCCAGGUUAUGUUGCCUAUGGAUAUUAACUUUGAUUACAGCUGUAUCUCUUCAAACAUCAUCCCCUUUGAGAUUGGCAGCUUGGUUGCAUGGAAGACUAAAGCUCUCACUACCGGUCACAACGUUUUGGUGGGCAACCUUCUCUUAGUAGGGUUGGCUAUGCUGUACAGUUUUAAUUUACUAACCAGUGUAUAUCACUGCCCAUGAGGAUGUUUGAUAUUUGAUUAGAAGCUCUUCAACAAACUCUGGGACUGUGCACUGCGUAAUUAUGUGUAAGUCGAUUUGUAGAAUGUUUUUCUUCCUCUAUUUUUCUGGUAAUGAACGGCUUGGGUGUAGACCACUGCCAAAAAAACUAUAAUUAAAUGUAUUCUGAUUCCAGGUUUCUCACAAAAUGAAUGUGGUAAGCCAAAAGGGAAUGAAUACUUAUAAAUGUACCAAGGGGACAUAUUCUGCAAUACAUUAUAUUUAUACUCAUAGAGUGGUUAGCCACAAUAAUUAAUUAUACAUAAGAUAUUUGUGGAUGACUGAAAAGUAAUCAGUAGUGCUUGAAAUGUCUUUUACAGAAUUUUCAAGAACAAAACGAUUAUUCCCCUUAGACCUCUGUAUUUCAUGAAUAUAACCCUUUGUGCUCCUGUGUACACAAGCAAGAAGCCAAUACGAUCACACAAUAUCACAAUCCUUAAAUUCCUUGUUCAUUAUCCUCUGAGUGAAUCAGUAACUGGUUUUCAGAUGUCACUGCCAUUAGUUUAACUUUCCAUUGACUGUUGGCUUUGCUAGUUAAGGCCAUGUUCACAUGGGCAGAUUUGUUUUCAUAAAAAUUACACUUUAGAAAAAAUGCAUCACCCAUAAAAUACAAUCAUCUAAAAAAAUAUGCUCUACCCUGCAGGCAGCCAUCCACCCAGCCUCCACUGUUUCCAGAUCAGUAAGAGGUAUUUUCAUUAUGAGAGGUUUUUGCUUAUGCAGAACCUCUUUUCCAGCAGCUGUAUAGUGUGGUAUUUUUUGAUUAUAUAAAUAAAAGGGCUGUUAUUUAAUUCCAUCAUGUGAAGGACCUUGACUGCAAGGAGGGUAUAGGAGAAGUACCCUGUCAAAAUACCUUAUGUGUAUUAUCCUGUAAUUUUACAGUACUUUGGUUUUGUUGCAAAAUAAAAGUAAAUUUUUUAUUUUAUUUUUAUUUUUUGAGCAAUUUUGAAUUGUUUUCUCCUGAAGAACCAGUUUCUCCAGAGCUUUACAUUUCAAUUUUUUUGCCCCUGUGGACAUAUCUAGUUUUAUUUAUAAACCACUGAUAUAUGUUAGCCAGAUUUAGAAGUGUGCAUGUAUUCAACUAAAACCAAUUUUCUGCUACAGAAGAGAAAAAAGUCAUAGCCAUGUAUUUAUACUCAUGAGAUAUCUGUUUUAUGAUGCAGGGAGCUGGAACCCUUUGUAUAUAAUUGAUAAAAAUGUUCUUUAUGAUGUGAUUGCCAUAUUUUGUUUUCUCUUCUUUAUCAAGAAAACUAAUUUGCUUGCUUCUUUUGAUGCUAAACUCUAUUUGUUUUUGGUUUCCUGCCCCCUCACAGUUCAGUGGGGUCUUCCCACUGUGUCCGCAGCUGGUGUCAUCGGAAUGCUGAGCGCUGUGGUAGCAAGUAUCAUUGAAUCUAUAGGGGAUUACUAUGCCUGCGCGAGACUCUCUUGUGCACCUCCACCUCCUAUCCAUGCUAUCAACAGGUAAGUCUGUAUUUGAUUACCUCAAAAUAGCGGUUUCUGGAUAAUAGUCCACUCUUCUACCUUGCAUCUACAUCCUCCUCACUAGCCAGCCAUUUAUGGUAAAGUCAUCCAUUCAAUGCAACAGUGUUCACUCCCAUUUAGCUACAACCAUCCAUGUUCACCUAUUUCUUAAAGGGACACUGUAGUCACUAUAAGCAUUUCAUCUCUUUGAAUUGGUUAUAGUGCCUGGAGUACCCUGGCACUGUCCCUCCAUUCAGUGUUGCACCAUGUUCGUGCAGUAUGCCACAAAAUAAGAGUCCCUGGCCACCCACAGUCCGGCCCCUUCAGUAUGUGUAGCUAAGGCAGAGAUUACACACUUCCUUGUUGUCAUACCCACUCAUACCGUCAGUUGGAACUCUGACAGGCUAAAAGCAGUCAGCUGGCACUCUCAGCCAAUCACAGCUGCCCAUUUCUGCUCAGGCUAAUACUUCCUUAUUAGCCAAAGCAGCACAGAGGGGAUAUAUUGCCGGGGACUCUUGUUUAGCAAUAAAACAUUAAAACUUUAAAAACUGUUUAAUGCUGAAAAAAAUGAUGGUACCAGAGGCCUCCAGACACAAUAACCAGUUUAAUGAGAUGAAGCAGAUACAGUGUCUACGGUGUCCCUUUAAGUCCAAACUUUCAUGCCCCUCUUCUGCCAUAUUCCCAAACUACUACUGUCCCAAUCCAACAUGUCAUGCAGCCAUGCACCCCCCAUUUCCAUUCAGCCACCAAUGUAUUCUGCAGCUAUGAUGCUCAUUCCUCAGAGUCAAGUUUGUCUCCUAUCCCAGCCAUCCGUUUUUCCACAAUCUGCAAAGUUCUGCCAUCACAAAAUAUAUUCUAAAUACGUGCUUGAUUUUCCAUUUACAAGUCCUUAGGUGAAGCAGAAUGGUGCUUGGGCUGUGGAGGCAACACAGAGUAGAAGGCGUAUAAAUUGUCUAAAUGUCCCUCGUGUCUCUGGUAGGGACGUGGUUGACAAAAGGAAAGUGGAAAGAAAUGACACUUUUUGUUUUGCUGCAUGUUGGAACCCAUAUCUACUUAAGUCCUAAGAGCAAAUCAUCAUGUAAUGAAGGCAUAAGAAGUAAUUUGGAAGGGUUGAGGGGAUAAUAAUUUGUUAUAUUCAGUGUCGUGCUUAUACUAUUAGAGAAGGUUCAAGGGUGGCCAUGUCUGUAUUGAGUUUUAGUGGUCUUUUGGCUUCCAUCAGCUUUACCCAAUGUAGACCUUGUGCAAACCUCAGAUACAUUCUCGGCAGCUAAAAUGCUGUCGACAUUGAUAGUCUCCCACAAAAUACAUGUAAUGCAGUGUGUUCUCUGUUCUUAAUGUGACAGGGGGAUCUUCAUUGAAGGCCUGUCCUGUGUCCUAGAUGGAGUGUUUGGUACUGGGAAUGGAUCAACAUCAUCCAGUCCUAACAUUGGAGUGUUGGGUAUAACCAAGGUAAGGUCUCCUCCUAUGGAAUUUGCAGGAUUAUUGGUGUUACCCAGGAAAAUUGAACUGUUUAUUUGAGGUAUUGUAAAAUGGGGUAAUUUAGUGACAACAAUAACGCCAGGCUUCGUAGGGAGUAAUAAUUCUUCACAGUGGAAGCCUGAUGCUUUCACUUCUUAAGGUUUCAUUAACUAAACAGUUAAGGUGCGUUGAGAACUGUUUGGGAAUUGCUCUGUACCUUUUCUUUCUUGCGAUUUUUACCAACUUGUUCUCUACAUUUAAUAGAUUGUACAUUUGAAAUAAUUUGAAACAGCAAAUUGCUCUAGAGAUCAGAUAGCGCCAUCUGGUGACAUAUGUUUGAAUUAACAUGGUGAACAAAAUGUGCAUUAAACAGCCACUUGUAAGAAAUUAAAAACAAAUUUGGAAAAUUUAGGCUAAGCAUUUUUAAUCUUACAUUGAUAUUUAAGUGACAAACUCCACUAUGAUUUGAAUAAAUUCUAAGCUACAGUCCCAAACAUUGUCUACAUAGCAAAAGGGGAGGAAUCUGCAGAAUGAAUCUGCAGUGCAUAACAAAAGCAUUUCUCCCUAUUCACAAAAAUUGGGUAAGGGUGGGAGAUGUCUGCUGCUGGUGCAAGUUGAGGGAUGGAAUGGAAGGAAUUAUUACAAAGAAAGGUUGAGAGCUUACAUCUCCCUGUAACAUUAAAACGACACUUUUAAGGUGCCAAAACAACUUAAUCUAAAUUAAGUUAUAGUGGCAGGAGGCCCCUGGAUGCAUUCGUUAAAUCACUCUUGAAUGGUUUAAACCCAAAGUUGCCCCCAGUGGCAAUGUCCACUCCACCCCUGGCAAGGGCACAGCUCAUUGGCUGAGGGCGGACAGCUGACGCUAUGAGCCAAUCAGUGACUCCCCAUUUACUAAACUAGCUUGGAGAGAAUCAUACCUUUCUCAAGCCAGUUUAGUGCAUGGGGAGACCCCUGCCCACCGGCGCUCUGCUCUGCAUGAAUCUGACAAUUCAAAAGCCAGGUGCCGCCGGGGAAGGAGCGGAUAUCGUCGCUGGAGAUAACUUUAGUGUUAAACCGUUGGAGAACAGUUUAACCCAUUAAGGUAAGAGUGCCUCUGGGUGCUUCCUGGCAGCAUAACUUAAUUUAGAUGAAGUUGUGUUGGUGCCUGGAGUGUGCCUUUAAUACCAAGAUCGGGUUUAUAGUUACAUUGCACAAUGUCUGCACUUUAAAACAAUGUGUGUCUUGCCUGUUAAUACGACUGAGCUCUUUGCUGUUUGUCUCAGUGCCCAGAUGACAACUGGGACUGUAUAACAAGGUAAAUAGAUAAUUAUUUAACAAAGAUGUACCAGUUCAUAAAAAUGUGACCCAAUAAAAAUAAAUUAGACACUUGUUUUGCUACAAGUUGCAAGACAAGGUACUUUGGAAAAGAUUGUGGUUAAAAUAGAUGGUAACAAAUAUUUUGCCCGGAGUGAAGGAGUAGCUAUCAUGCAUUAAAUACGGACUUUUAAUGAGUUCUAGCGGGGAAUGCAUAAUCCUAUCCUAGCAUAAUCCCCAAAUAAUUAAACUUUUUUUUUUUUUUUUAUUCCCCCACCUUGUGAUUAGCUCUUUUAGUAGUUUUGAAGGGACACACAACACAAGAGAAAGCAGAGCAGAGGUAAUCAGAAUGAUUUCCAGCUAUUUUUGAACAACAAUUACCAGUAUCCAUGCUAGUCUUAAAGGGACUUUCUGUGCACCAUGACCACUACAGUUUAUUGUGGUAGUAAUAAAAUUAAUCUUUGAGUGCCUGCCCUUUGAAUUCUCCAAUUUGACAAGUAAUGGUGUGCAUGAUAGUGGUUAUUAUAUUUCAAGGUAUGAUUUUACAAACCACAAGCCAUCAUUGGUGAUAUGCUCUGUUAACAGAUUUUUCAGUGCUGUGGGGUGGAGGAAAUGUCUGUUUUUAAAAUGCGGCUAAUCCCCAUUCACAUUUUUUUAUUACUGUCUUUACUUGUAGGUUGCCAGUCGUAGAGUCAUCCAGUAUGGUGCGGCAUUCAUGUUACUACUUGGAAUGAUUGGGAAGUUCAGUGCACUGUUUGCUUCUCUGCCCGAUCCAGUUCUCGGAGCCCUAUUUUGUACUUUGUUUGGUAAGCUUGCACUAAUACAGAAACAUUAUGGUGUCACUUGGGAUGAUCUUGCUUGACUAUAUUCCCCUGCUAACGCAAUAAUGAGCCCACCACUCAUCUAAAAGGUAACAUGACUGCAAUAUGAGCCAGCAAAAUGGUCUAAUUAUAGGCUUCUGUGUUAGAAGUCUUCGAUUGGAAUGCGCACAGCUCCUAUGACAUCAGAGGCAGAUCAGCAUUGCUUUUUUAAGAAUAGAUUAGCAUACAGCAGCAAUUAAUCUGCUGAUUUGAACACCUGUGUGUGUGCGCGUGCUAUUGUUUUGGGCAUAUUCUUAUAGUAUGUCCAAACUAGAUUUAAUAUUGGGAAAUAUUGUAAGUUUUCAAAUAAGUUUUCCCUCUCUUCCCACAUCCCCCUCCUCUCCACAUACUGCUUUGCCUCAGAGUUAUUUUUUCCAACUUGACUAUUAUGGCCUAGAAUUUGCUACAGUAUGGUCUCUCCCUGAAAAUUCUUUGUGUGUGUGUGUGUGUGUGCUGCUCAGCCUGAUUUGGGCCUCGUUUUUCAUUUUUACCGCUUUAUGUGUCUAUUUCUUUACUAUCAAAAUCUACUGGGUGUAGUGACCCCUAGCGAAUAUUCAUGGGCAUUACACCUUUAAAUAUAUUUUAUUUUACUUGUUUUGCUAUCUGAAUAGCACAAUCAUUUGUGAUAUGAAUGAAAUCUGUGAUCAUGACUAAUUAUCCCUAAUUGACUAGUAAGGGGAAUACAGAAAAGGAACUAUUAGACAUUAUACUUUUCCCUGUGUGAACUAUUUUUAUGGAUUUGUAUAUCCAGUACUCUAGAUUCAUUAACUAUGUUAGGAGAUUUUCUUGUUAUUUUUUUUAAGCUUAUAUUUAAAUUGAUGGUGGUGGAUGCUUUUUUUAAUUAUAUUAAUUUAAGGUUAUAUUUUUAAAUAAUUGGUGUCUUUCCACAUUUUCUGCAUUUUGGUAUUUCUGAUUGACGAGCUGAAACCCCUUGAUUGUGUGGGCAAACGUCUAGGUACUCUACCACAGUUUGUAGUGCUCAUGUUUGAAUAAGUCCAUGCCAAGUAGCGGAGCCAGUGUGAGUGUAGUGCAGACCCUGUACUCUCAAAGGUUUGAUGUUUGUCUGGAAAAGUUUUUCCUUUCUAGUGACUGACUAUUAAUCUGUUUCUAGGCAUGAUCACCGCUGUGGGUCUCUCCAAUCUUCAGUUUGUUGAUCUGAACUCUUCUCGGAACCUUUUCGUCUUGGGCUUCUCCAUUUUCUUUGGUCUUAUGCUUCCAAGUUAUUUAAAGGAAAAUCCUCUAGUUACAGGUAAGCACCCAGGGUAGUAUUUGCCAAUACUGCAACUAAGGUAUUUGGCAUUUAGGCUUUCUAUUUUCCAAAUUCUCACCUAUUAAUUACAUUGUUGCAUCAUCUACUUUUUCUCCCCUUGUGCAACAUUUUAAUGUCAGAAUUCAGUGGACCUGCAUGCAGACCCCAGAUAUCACAUCUCUUGCAUAUUUUGUUCUUGUAAAAUUGUUUGAUUUCUCUCUUUUAGGCAUUGCAGAGAUCGAUCAAGUGUUAAAUGUGCUUUUGACAACAGCAAUGUUUGUUGGAGGGUGUGUUGCUUUCAUUUUGGAUAACACUAUUCCAGGUGAGCCAAGGAGGACCUAUACAUGUUACCUAGAGAGAAACACUAAAACCUGCUUUUGCAGUGUAAUACACAUUGGUUGCUGAUCAUACUACUUAACUGAAUGGUAGUGUUCUGCAAUAAACUAUACAAUGUAUCAGGAGAUACUCAAAGUAACACAAUAUAUACUACUUGCAUAUGUGUUUAAACUUACACUUCCUCAAUUGCACAGUGUGUUUAAUUUAGAAUAGCUUAUCUAUUGCUCUGUUAAUAGCGUGCUAGAGCCCACAGUAGCAUUAUGUGUGAUUAAGGUUCAAUUUACAGAGCAGGAGAAAAGAACUUAUAAAGUAAACACACUGUACUGUAAGAUCUGACUGAAAAUAAAACAAUUUUCUUAAAUGGAGGCUGUGUGAGCCACAGCCAGGAGAGGACUGCUAAAACGGAAACAAAAGUGUUCUAACUUCUAAAUUACAGAGAAUUGAGAGUUAGACUACAGUAGCAUGAUAUAUACACCAAAACUGCUUAAUUAAGCUAAACUUGUUUUGAUACCAGAGUAUGUCUUUAAAAUAAAUUAAAAUCACAUAGUGCUAUGUGUCAGUUAUUCUCUUUUUACUGACCGUGCCAUUAGUGUUAAGGAGAAAGCAUAGCUUCUGUUUGUCCUGUAUUCAAGCGAUUUUUACAAAAAUUACUGCAGAUAUAAAUAACAGGUUCAAUGCAAGUAUACAAGAAACAAAUAGAUACUUAUGGUGCUUGGAGAUUUUCUUUAAUAAUUUAAAGACUGUGCCGGGGGAAUGGAACAUCCAUAAAAGUUCUUUAAUUGACUUUUACAGAAUUUUAAGUUUAAUUUUUAUUCUGUACUAAUCCAUUGUUGCAAAAAUUCUUGCCAUUAUUAGGGACACCUGAGGAACGGGGCAUUCGUAAAUGGAAACGUGGGCUGAGCAAAGGAGGCUCUGCCAUAGAAGGAAUGGAGUCCUAUGACUUGCCGUUUGUGAUGAACUUUCUCCGGAGAUACAAAUGUUUUAGCUACCUUCCCAUCAGCCCCACAUUUGCUGGAUAUCAGUGGAAAUCUUUCCGAAGGGGUAGUAAGACCCGGAGAGCAGAAAUAGAAACUGAACCUACCGUAUAG